CAAAUACAUAAAAGCGGCGAUCACUUUUACUAUUAUAAUUGAAGAUUGCUUUAAUAAAAAAAACAUUAAUAUUUUUGUAAUCUGAAAAAAUAGAACAAGGACACUCAGCUUUGAUUCACAGAUUAUUUAAUAUUUAAUUUCAUUUCUUCCUUUGAUUUUUAUAAUAAAUUUAAAGUUUUGAAAUAAAAUAACAUAAUUUCUAAAGUAAACAAAUUGUUACAAAUGUGUAAGUAAGGGGUCUAAAUACUAACUACACAAAAUACUACUGGCCACUCAAAGUUUAUUGUAUGAUAUCAUAUCAUGUCAUAUGCUUGGCCUGUGUUGCUGGCUUGGCUUUUUUGUUUGACUUUUGAAUGACCAUGCCGUGUGCCAUGAUUCACGAAUAUUUGAGACUAGUAGAAGAAUAGGUGGGCCUAGUAUUAGUAUAUCAACAUAUGCAUAUAAAUUUAUAUAAUAUAUCAUUCCCAUUUCUAAAGUUAUCCCAAUAUAUCUUUUAAUGCUCUCAUAUAUUUCAUUUUAUACUUUAUUUUAUUAAACUGUUAUCCUAUUUCUGGAAAUAAAGUCAAAGUCCCUAUUAUAAUAGUUAUAGUCUAUACCAGGGCUGUUGUUAAUGGCCCUUGGGCAGCAUAUUUUCUAACACGUUAGACCAGUGGUCACCAGCUUGCGGCUUAGGAGCUGUGUGCGUUUCUUUCAAGGAAUAGCUGCAACUCUAAAUGGCUCCUAACUAAAAAAAGGUUGCCAACCCAUGAACUAGACACUAAAAUUUAAAAAAAUUAAUUACUUCAUCCAUGAGACCAUUAAACAUGAUCAGACUUAGAUCUUUUGUUAUGAGUCAAACAUUAAUUGAAAAUAUGAAUGAAUGAAUGAGAUUUGAAAUUUCAAAUUAAUUAAUCACAACAACAAAAACCCAGAAAAAACCAAUAGAUUUUCUGUGGUUAUCACUGUUAAUAAAUUAUAGCUAAAUUUCUACAUGUAUGUUGAACAUUGUCUAGCAAUAUAAAUGAGGCCCUAAGUAAGCUUUAAGAUAGACAGCCCUGGUCUUCCCUCUUCCUCAAAAUUUAAAAAAAAAUGUAUUUUAAAAGUGAAUGUUCAGAAUGUGAUCAACCUUGAAGUUGCAUAGAGUUUAUUUAUGAAUUCCUUUUUUUUUCAAACUUAGUUUCUAUUAUUGCUGUUUCAAAUUUUCCAAUGUGGUGUUUAAUGCUACUUAACUAAUAAAGAAUACUUGAGGAACAGAGUAUUUGCACCUGUGAACGUUGGGUAGAUGUUCCUUACUGUACAUUAUUCAUUUUUGUUUUAAUUUCACUAAGCUAUUUAAAGCAUUUAUUUUCUUCACUAGCAACCAACUUUAAAGAAAUCAUAUGGACAACUUAAAGUCUUUUACACGCUUGUCCUAGAAAUAGUUAUGAGUUUAGUUAGUUCGAAUUCAGCAGAUGUUCAAAAUAGAUUUACAUUUUGAGAUUUUGACACAUGACUCAUGGGUACUUUUGGCAUCACACAGAGGACACUAACCUUUUCAAACUAAAAUUACCAGAAUUAUAACAUUCCAAAAUAUAUUUAUAAGAACAUACAUUAAAUUCUCAGUCGUUGAAAAUUUGAAUGACUUUAUUUCUGGCCAACAAGUCAACCUCUAUUACUCCAAAGCUUUUAAUAAAAUGGCAGUACAACAAUAAUACUGCAGAAGCUUGACAAAUUGUGCUUUUUAAAAAGCUAUGUAUCCUAUUUUAUGACAAGUAACUUUAAAACAAAUAGAUACAACCAGCGUAGAAUUAUUGGUUUUCAGUAAUUUCCUAAUAACCAAAUAAUUUCAGUUAAAUUUGCACCAGCACAACAUUCAAUCAUGAUACCUGAAGAGGACUUAUGUGAUGAUGAUUAUUAUGGAAUUGUAAGUUUUUUUUUAAAUAGCUUCUUUCAAGUGCUCAGGAGCACAGUGUUUGACGUUAUUUUAAAAUAACUGGUAAAGACAUAUUUAUAAUGAAAUGAAGAAUUUUGAUUAAGGAUAUUAAAUGAUAUUCAGAAUUACAGUUAUAGUUUAGAAAUCGAUAAUUGUUUUUUUUUUAAAGUUUAAAAUAUUUUUCUUUAAAUUCAGACUAUUAAAAAUAAUUAUUAUGUAAAUAAAAGACUACAAAAUAAUGAACAUAUAGAACAAUGUGCUAACAGGUACUUGCUUCACAUUUCUGACCAGCAUUUCUCAAAGUUUGUUGUCUAACUGAAACUAAUUUUUUUUUUAAAUGCUGACUGCUAUUUGGAAUGAAAUGCUUUGUUUUAAACUGGUGCUAUCAAUAUUAUAAAAUAUAUUACUAAGACCUUUUUAUGUGGCACACCUGGUAAUGCAUUGUAAAAACUGUUUACUGAUUUAAUACAAGAUUCCUAAAACCAAUAAGUAGUUUGCCAAAAUAAAAACACCACCAUAUUAAUUUGAUUUGUUAACUUUGUCUUCUUCUUCUUUUCAAAAAAAUUUUUAGAAUCCAUAUGAAAGCUUCAUGAAAAAGCAUCUACAGCAUUAUGGAUAUUACACAGGUAAUUUACUCCUAUAAAUUUUAUUAAUUUCAGUACAUAAAAAUAAUAAAUCAUUGGUUAUUUUCUUGUAGUCAUUAUUUAAAAAAACAAAUUGUUAGACCUAUGAGUUAAUGUUUGUAUAUGGUAACUUGAUUAGACUUCCAAAUAUGCAACAUUUUAACUGUUUUCAAUGGUUUAAGCCUACACAAAUAAUUUUGACCUUUUUUAAAUUAAAUUUUAGUAUAACUUAUUCUAAUCCUCUAAAAAAUCUUUUUAUUUAGAAAACUCUUCUAUCAAAAUCCUUUAAACUCUGCAGUCAAUGUACUAAAUCUGGACUGAAUUCCAUUAUACUUGCAUGCCCUGGGACUUCCCAAUACAGUUCCUUCCUGGGCAUUGUGUAUUUUUGCGGCUACCCUAUGCAUUUUAAUGGGAAAGCUUUUCUUGGGGUCACAAAUCUUUCUUAAUGGCCCAACUGACACAAAUUCUGAUGUUGUUUUUAGGAAGUGCCCUCCUAGGUAGGAUACGCAAGCAAGCAAUUAGUAUGAAUCCUUAUCUCACCCACUAUAUUUUGGUACUAGAAUAGCUGUAUGAAAAUGUCAUAAUGUUUUAAAUUUUAUGUCUAUUGUGAUUAAGACAUGAUCUGUUAGUUCUAGGAUAGUUAAGUCUUAAUGGCAACAGGGGGCCAAUUCCUCUCUAACCUCUGCAAGUUAUAUUAGGUAAAGAAUCUGGGGCCCACAUGCAUUAAGAUGGCACUGAUUAGUACGGAUGAAAAGUUUUUUUUGUUGCAAUUUUAAUGGUAUGGGGGUUUUACAGGAUAUUUUAUGAUUUAAACUGACCUUCUUUCUUGAUUUGACAGGUAUCAGCAUGAGAAUUCAAAGUUAAUUACGUAAAUUAAUUAAAUUAGGAAAUUUAAAAAAAUGGUAAAAAUAUUUAUUUAAAAAAAUUCUUAAAUAACCUUUAAAGUAUUUUGAGUAAAAUUAGAGGCAGCACAUUGAUUUACUAAGCAUGAUUUGAUUUGAUUUAUUAAAAUUGGCUUUUUUUGUUGUAGUUUUUAAAACACAAAUUUUAAGUCUUUAUGGAAAUCAUCCUUUGUCUUUAUUAAAUUUAUUAGGAAGAAAUCAAAACUACAAGAACCAGUUUCAGCACUAUGCUGAAUGGGAAAAGAACUAUGGCUAUAAUCUCAGCAGUGACAGCAGUGAAGACUCUGAGUUGGAUUCUGAUGAUGACAAAAUUGCUGGUAGGCUUCUAGUUCUGUAUUUUAAAAUACCUCAUAUAUUUAUUAAUUAUUAAUAUGAUUAAUAGUUAAUUUUUAUUAGACUUUGCAUGCUAUUAUAUAAGACAAGACAUAAUUAAGGUAUAUCUUUAUUAACCCUAACUGAUAAAUGCAAAUAGUAAAAUAUUACACCCACACCCCUCACCCCCUUAAAAUUUCCUAAAUUCAAAAACACCAUUUGUGCUAAAUUUAACUUAGUGCUGUCAGGAAGAAACUGUUAAUUAGGGCAAUUUACUAUUUUUAGAAAUCAAUUUGUAAUAUAUUAAAUAAAUAUAAUAUAUACUGUAGUUUGCAUUAGUUUUAUAGACUGCCCUUUAACUUGUCUGGUAGUCAUUCUAUACUCUCCCCAACUACGGCCUCACUGCCCUCACAAUGUAGCAGUGCAUAAAAUAACAAACUAUUUAAUGGUGUCUUGGCAGGAAUAUUUUUGUUUUUAAUUAGAUAUGAUCUAACUGUGUGGGUGAGAGCAUAUAUAAUUAAAAGUAAACACUGUAUGUAGAGUAAAUGUGUGUCUUUGUCCUUUGCAAUUUUUUAUCAGAGGAUCUUCAAAUAUGAAUUUCUAUUGUACUAUUAUAUUUGAUCUUUAUAAAUAUUUUGUAGUUAUUUCAAUCUUUUAAAGUGCAAUCUCAUCUAAACCUUUUCACUUGAAUUUUCACGAAUAGCGUUUUUCACAAAACUUUAAAAAAAAACUCACUUGGUAGUUAAAAUGGUACAAUUUUCUCUGAUAUGUGUGUUUCUCAUCUUCCACAUCGAAUUGGCAGACUUAGAGUUAUCUUCAGAGUCUGACACUUCACAAGACAAAAAAUUACCACGUCCAGUUAAAAGUUCUCUUCUCAUUGAACAAAAUGGUGCCAAAAUAUUAUAGAACAUUCUGUGUUUUCUACUAAAAUAACUUAGAUGACAUUUUUGUUUUGAUGAUGAAAUGAAGGCCCAUACUUUUAGUUAUUUUGAAUUUAAAUAGUGUUAUUUUCAUUGCUAACUGACAAUCUGAUCUGAAAUCUAACAAUUUUUUGGGUAAAAUGUUGAAAAGCAUUUUGAAACAAAAAUAUUUAAUGUUCAUUUUUAAAUAGGCAGUAUUACAAAAAAUCUCCAACUGUCUCAUUUUAUCGUCAAAAUAUACUGAGUGAAAUAAUAAUGCCUUAGUAAUAUUUGUGUAUUUUAAUAAGUUUCAAUUCUAUGCCAUGAUCAUUAUUAAAAAUCAGUAACUUUUUCCAUAGAAGAAACACUAAAAUCACUAAAUUUUAUUCCUAUUAGAGUUAAUCAAAUGCUAUCUUUUACUUACCAUUCCCUUAUGGACUUUUGUGAACUCCUUUCUCCAUUACCGUUUUUUUUUUAAAUUAUAAAAAUUAGGGCUGAAUCUCCAUCUCAUAUUAAGAAUGAACCUAUCUAUAAUUUUUCUUAGCAAUUAAUAUGACAUUGUUUAGUGUUUCAAAGUUCAAAGAAUGAAUCACAAUGUCACUAGGCUGAAAUAGCUUAUAAAAUAAUUACAAACCAGACUUUCAUCAAAUAUUGAUGAGAGUGGCUAAUUCGAGCUACUGUUUUGCGAUCCAGUCUCAGCAAGAGAAAAUCAAUGACUAUAUGUAUUUAUGUUUUUAAACUAAAGUAAUGCAGGAAAUCUUUUAAUUUAAUCCAAUAAGAAAUAAGAAUGACAAUAUAUUGUCUUUAAUCAUAUAGAUUUGAAAUUUAUAGCUUAAUUUUGAAAAUAUCUUUUUUUUUAAAUGGAUUGCUGAAAGGAAAGUUCCAUCGGCAUUGGUUCCAAAUAACUAUAUUUUAUUAUUAUUUUUAUUUUACAUGCCUUCUAUGUGUCAGCCAAAAGCAACUUGUUUGAAGCUCAUUUUUUUCUCCCUUGUAAUUUCAUCUUUGACCAUUCAGAAAUAUUAGCUGAGAAUUUAGAGGAAAAAAAUUCUUUUCACUUGCUAUGGAAUAUUCAAUUUUAUGUGGUUAAGUGGAGAACUGUGUUUAUGGAUUUUACAUUACGAUAGAGCUAUGGGUGAUGUUUUUUUAACUUUUUCUACCACAGAAAUGAACAAAAAUGAUUUGAAUAAUUAUGUCCUAUACAAAUUUAAAAAGAAUAUGGCCAAAAGAAAUGAAUUUAUUUAGCAAAAAAUAGAAUCCAGAUAAUCCAUAAUACAAUAUUCUAUCUUGAUGAACUGCAUUAAGGAAAUAAAUAGAAAAUGAAGCUUGCACAAAUCAUUCAUAGAUUAAUUUGGAUAUUUUUGCCAUAACUGGUCACUGGAUUAUUUAUUUGGGGCAUCCAUGGGAGACCAAAUGUGUACACAUGUGUUGAGGAGGGAGUGUGUUAACAUAAUGGUAAAUUGAUGUAAUAUCUUUUCAGAUUCUCUUACUUUCAACCAUGUCAAUGAAGUACAAGGUGGGGAGGGGGGGGGGUUGUUGGUCUAAGUCGAUUUGUUACUUAAUGCACCAUGUUAGACAUUGAUUAAUGGACUCCAAUGUGUUUCUGAAAUAAGAAACCAGGAGCAAGAAUUAUAUAUUGAUUUAUUGAACUCCUAUGAUUGGCUUGUUUCCUGCUAAUGGCUGGUGAAUGUUGCGUUCAUUUAUCACAUGCCUGAACCUAAACUGCUCUAAAUAGGAAUGGUAGCUACCUCUGGCACAUUCUUACAAUUAUAAAUAAUAAUGGAGCAUUUAAAAUGAAUUAUUUAUCAUGUUUUUAUUGUGUAUUGUGAACUAACUUUUAAGUCUUAAUGGAUAUCUUGAAUUAUAGGCCUACUAUUUGGAAAAAUAUUAAGCUGAUCCUGGACAAAUAAAACAAGAACUCCAUUCAACCAUAAAACCAAGGCACUGUGCAAAAUUACAACUGAUGAUAAGGAACACAACAGUAAUUCAUACCGGACAAUUUUUUGAUGAAAUUUAUGCUACAGACUAACUUAAAGGAACAAUGAAAAACAGAUUUUCAGGACUGAAAAAAAAUGUACUACGAAUGAAAAAAAAAAAAUUUCCAUUUAUUUUUUUUAAAUAAAAGUAUCUUAUAUUAUCUUAUUUACAUUAUAAAUUCACAAUUCCAUCUUAUGAUCAUCUUCUCAUGAAAUAUUUUAAUGUGAACUAAAUUGAGAGGUGUGCCAAGGAGAUCACCAUAUGCAGUGUGCCAUUGAUACCACUAUAGGAAAUAAAUGAAGCUGAUUUUUAAGAGUUAGCAGAUGGAGCAGACAGAUUCCAAUGGAAAUGACAGUGUUAUAUAUUAUAUUGAGAAUGAAUGCCUCAAGUCCACAAAAAAUCAAAAUGCAGCAGACAGUCAGUCAUGUACUAGCUUACACGAAGACGGCAUUUUUCUUGACAACUUUGAAAGUAUGUUGGAAAAUACAGCAAGUACUGGGAGUCCAGAAACAUCUGCUAAUGCUAAAGCAGGGUCAAAAAAUGAUGUUCUGCCCCAAGAGAGCUCAUGCAUGCAAAUAUAUCAAAACCAGACUCAAGAAUAUUCGAAAAGCGAUUCUAUGAUUGUAUCAAGAGACAAUUACAACGUAACUGAAGUAGAAUUAAAAAUAUGUUCACCAACUGUACAAAGAGGAGAUCAUGAAAGUUUAAAGGCUACUGGAUUGAUGGCAGUCAGCCCACCUAAAAAUAUAAAUAAUUUAUCAGACAGGGAACAGAUAAGUAGAGAAAACUCAUGCAGCAGUGAAAUCAAUGACACAGAGGAGGAAGAAAAUGAUGCCUGGAGCUCUGACUCUAUUGAAAUGAGUGAAUGGAAUUUCAGAGAUAGCUUUGAAGGAAAUAGGACACAUAUACCUGCAAGUCUAGACAAUAACAACCAGGAAAUCGGUGAUAUUUUAAUAUUUCAGGAGUCUUUUCCUAAAAAUAGCCAAAGCAGCUCAUCUGUGGAAAGCACAUUCAUAAAUAAUAGCAGGAUAAGAGUUAGCUCAAAAGAUUCAUCUAGAAGCAGCUGUGUGCGUCCUAGCAGAAGCAUUUGUCCAAGUAGCACAUCUCAGAAUUCUUUCCAAGGAGACAGCCACGGUACGGAUGAUACAAACCGUCAUCUGUCCUCAAAUUCUUGUGAAAGAAUCACAAAACUGUCACAGAGCAGUUGUACAAGAACAGAAAGGACGGACAGUCAAAACACAUUAAACUCCAUAAGUAGUAUUGAUGAGAUGCCAGAAAGCUUCAGUGGCAUUUUGUACAGUACUACAAAGACUGAGGCUAACAGCCAGGCAAGUAGCAGAAAUUCAUCAGUACAAAAUGAUUUAACUUGCACAGGAAGUGGACGUAGUAUGGAAAGUAAUAGUCAUCCAAUUCCGAGUUAUUCACAGGAUAGUACUUCAGAGGAAGUUUCUGAAAAUAAAAGUCGUAAUAGUUUAAGACCCAGUAUGAACUUAGCUCCUGAAAGAAGUAGCUCACUCAGCACACUCAACAGUAGAAGUCUGUCAGCCAGAAGUAGGAAUAGUUCUUUACUAAGUCAAAGUAAAAAAUUGCAUGAAAGACUAUCACUUAAUAAUUUGGAAAGUUUGGCUUCAGUCAGCACAUUAAAAACCUCAAGAAACACUAUGAGCUCAAGCUCAAGACAGAAAAAUGGCAGAGGCUUACAUGAAAGCGACAUCUGCAUUUCUAUAACAAGUAGCAGAUCAAGUUUGAAUAUGACAAGUUCAUCAUAUGCAAGGCUAGAUAACACGGUGGAAAGUAGUAAAGUUUCUAGCAAUGAAAUUAAAAGCAGUCUGGGAACAAAAAGUAGUUUAUCCUAUUUAUCGAGCAGAAGCAGUUUUUCAGAGGAUGUUACAUGCCAGAGUAAUACAUCUUUGAGCACACGGACAGCCACAAGCAGUGGAAGAUGCAGCUCUGAGACCAGCACAGAAACUGGUGAGUCAAGCUUCCAGGAGACUGACUCAACCAGCACAUGUGUUGAGGACAGUGACAGUGGAAGUGAUUGCACAACCUAUUGCUCCACCUCAUCAUCUUCAUCGGAUUCAAGCUGGUUAGAUUAUGAUUACGCUGCUUACAUUCUUAAACCCAAGUGUGUCAAACAGCCAGAAUGGGUUCAAUCUCUCCUUGAGAAAUUUAAUGCUCCUAAAAACACAACUGUUGGUACAGAAGAGUUGGAUUUGUUCAAAAAUGCAGGUAUUUUAAAAAUGUUAAAUCACAAAGUUUUUAAUCUAAUUAUUUUUUUGUUUGGAAUUUUUUAAAAACCCUAAUGUGCUAAAAAAUCUUUUUAGAGAAAAAGUUAAGCCUCAGAUGUUGAUGUUAAAUUGAUUAUUGCUAAACCAAAAAGUUGUACCAAUAAUGUUUCAGCAACAUUAAAUCACAUUCUAAGCAUACUGCUUGUAGAUGUUGCAUGUACUUUUGGAUAUUAAAAUACCUCCUUUUGAAUAACAUUGUCAAGAUAUAUUUUUAGUUAUAUUAUAAUUUUUUUCAGUUAGUGAAUACCAAAUAGGCCCACAAAUUUAUGAAUAUUAAGUGGUCGCAAAAUUUAAUUAUUGCCCACAACAGUUUCAUGCUGCCUCUAAAUCAUACACAUUUAUUACUUUUUGAAGUAAAAAUAAUAAGGCUCACCAUUUCCAGAAUAAACAAAAAUGUAAUAUUAACUUUUUACCUUCUCAAUCUCAGCUAGUCACUCUAGAAGAGCUUUUAUUUUUAUUGAUACUAGAUUUUAAAACACUUAAAAUUAUACAAAUUAAGAACUCAUCACUGAUUUAAAUUACAUAAGUUUUGUUAUUUUUAAAAGUUAUCAAAGCCAGGCUCUACCUAGCGAAAGAGCUGUUUCAAGGGUAUUCAUAUUUCUGUUCCCUUGGUUUGGUUGUUUCAGGGGCUAACAUAUUGAUUUCCUACAAUUGCUAUUUAUUUAAGAUUAAGCCUAAGCAUUUCUCUUCCUAUAUAUUUUUUUUUCUUGGCUAAGAUUGGUUUUACCACUUAGUAUUGGCUCACUUUAGGUAAGGGGGAAAAUAUAUUAUUAAUUGAUGAAGUAUAAUGCAGGACUAAUCCGAGUUGUCUGAAGUUGAUUGUGACUUUAAAAAAAUUGAUUAAGUUGCUUGGUCAUUUUCAAAUUUCAAAUGUGAGACUCUAUUAUUAGAGUUCUUGAUUUUAAAUUGGCAUGAUAAAUUACUUUGCUCUUUUUUAAAAAUAGGCCUUUUUUUGCAGUAAUCCUAAUUUAUUUUAAAAAAAAAAAAGAUAUUUUCUAAAUUUUAACUGUUCCUUUUAUUUACAUUUAAUUAACCAUUUUCUUAUUUUUACAACAGCUGUUCACUUUUUAAUGAGUCCAAAAUUCAGAUCAAAUUUGAUGUGCAUAAUAAAUGUAUACCAUUAUUCAAUGGCUUCUUAAUUACUGCGGUUAAAAUGAUUUAAAACUAUUAACAGGCAAAUUUUAAAAAAAAUUUGCUUAUUUCCUGGCAUUGCCUUACUUUUCUGUCUGCGUUCUUUUCAUUAUUAAUGAUAAUGGAGCAUUUAAAACCUUUUCUUUGUUCUUCCCUUUUUUAUUUUUAGAAUAAUUAUAGUAACAGCUGUUUAUUUUUCAUAAAAUUCUAUUUGUUCAGUAAUUUUGUGAAAUAAAGUUUCACAUUUUUUAAAAAGCAAAAGCAUUUAAUUUAUUGUACUUUAAAAAUUGUAGAACAAGAAGUUCUUUUAGUUAAAAAAAACCAAGGACAUUAUUUUAUUAACAAAAAUUUUUUUGAAAAGAAGAAAUUUCAAGAAAUAAAAUAACAUUUCUGAAUGCAUCCCUUAAAAAAAGAAGCCAAAGCCUCUGCUCAAAGGUCUGAUUUUAACAUUUGAGAUCUUUACUACUUUAUUACAGAUAGCAAACUUCAGGAAGAUCUCCUUAGGACCACACAGCUUAUAUACAGCUGUGGGGAGUCUGGAAAAAUGGUAAUAAUUUUUUUUCUUGUAUAAGUUUUUCAAAAUUUGCAGAGCAAAGGUCAGAUAAGAUAAUAAUUUGGCAUUUAAUUUGCUACACAAAUUUUAAUGAACUAAAAUUUAGCACACAAAAAAUAAUAAGAUUUUAUGAGAAAAUAUAACAUUUAUUUGAUUUAGCGGUUUAACUUCAGAUUUUCUUUAACACGAGUGAACAUUUAGUUUUUAAUUUUAUUUUGAAGCUAAUAAAAUCAUAUUAUUGUAUAUUUAUAGGUACCUCGUCUUAGAGAGCCAAGGAGUUUAUAUGCCCUUACAAAGGAACUAGGACCCCAGCAAGCAGCCAGAUGGUACAUACUUUAUGUCUUAUAAAUAAGUUCUUUAUUGUAACCUGAAACUAUGUAGAAGAAAAAAACAAUUCUUUAUCAGUGUAAAGAUAAAUUAUUAUGCUAUUGUUAUAAUUAUAAUUAAAGAAUAUCAACAGUUUGCUAUUUAAUGAUGUAUUGAAUGCUAUUCUGAAUAAUUUUUCUAUAAUCUCAAUUGAUGUUUUUUCUCUAUAGAUAUUUAAUUUUUAAAAAAAACAUAAUUUCAUUUCUUCUGUCAGGCCAUCAGACUUACAGGUGAUCAAUGAAAGAGUAAGACACAUACAGACAAUUACAUCUGAGCCUGAGCCAUUUUAUAGACAGAGUGAGUUCAGAUGUACCUACUGCCACCCAAUGGUAGAGAUUUGUGUACCAGUCACUAUCAUGUGCACAAUUCUUUUAUAAUAUCUUGGUUAAUGUACUCAUUUGUUGUAAGCCUACUUCUUAUCAAGAAACAUUUUAAAAUUAUUUAAUUGUCUUUAUCAUCUUUGUUGAUCUAUUUAAUCAGUAGGCUACGCUAGGUAAAAAUAAUCCCAUUUUUAAUAUAUAUUUCAGAUACAUUCACUAGAAAGUAAAUGUGACAGCGUGUAUAACUUUCUUACCAUAAAAGAGCUCUGUAUUUUAUACCAUGGUCAUAAUGAAUCCAUUGUUAUGAUUUGAAAUAUAUUGUAAUUAUUUGCUAUUUGUUAAACUUUUCAACAGCUGGUUUUGAAAAGUGCCCAAUGGUUCGCGGCGAGGCCAGUGGUGGAAGAGUGGUCUUCAGUUAUGAGACAAACACCAACUUUGUAUGUUUUUUUGUGCAUGUUAAUGAGAUGAAUAAAAUAUAUAUAAACUCAAACAUGAUAACAAUAAACUAUGUUUUCAGGAAGCAGUGAUGGAAAAAACACUUUUAAACAAAUCAUGCUGUUUUAUCAAAACACACUCUGUUUGAGGUAUAAGAAUUUAAACUUGUGGUGUCAUAGAUUUAAACUUUAUUUGGAGGAAGCUGGAAUCUGACAAAUUUAAAAAACAUUAAUUUUCUGGAUUUAUAUUCUGGCAGCUGUAACUAGUAAAUCUGCAGAUAUUUGUGAGUAGAUAGCUUAUUUGUAAUCCCAUCUCAAGUUAGCUGCUGUCUUCCAACUUUGGUCACUGAGGUAAUGCACUCAGAUUUUUCUCUCUCCAAGAAUGGCUGCUUUAAUUGGUUAAUGAUUCCAUCACACGUGGCUGUUAACUUCUAGUUAAGGACAACCCUAAACAAAUUUGAACCUGCUACCUCUCUGUCAAGAUGCAGUUGACAUCUGAACAAUUAGAAUUGAACAUAAUAGCUAUAGAGACCCCCUUGUGAAAAAAAACACCUUCUUUCUGUUACAUUACUCAAAUAAUAUUAGCUAUAAAUAGUUUUUGAUAACCAUAAUUCACUUCUGUGUAUUAAUAUUAUUAAUUAUGAUUUACUGUUCAUCACAGUGUGUCACAAACAAAAACAAUUCAUAUACAAUUUUUCAGUACAUGAAAUCUCAUGCUGGUGGCAGUAGAAAUGGCUGUGAGCCAUGUGCAGUCAGCCUGGAUUCAGAAAAUGACAAAACACUCAUCUUUGAGUCUAGAUUUGAAAGUGGCAACUUGGGGAAGGUGGUGCAGGUGUAAGUCAGAAAAUAUCAUUCAUUAAAAGAUUCUUAAAGUUCAGGAUUUAAAUUUAAAAUUGUGUAAAUUGAAACUUAGCAUUCUUUAAACAUCUCGCAAUUAUUUUUACCAGCAGUUUUAUGAGAUCCACGAAGACUCUAAAUCAAAACCAUAUAUUCAGUUAAUAAAUAAGAAGAUUCUUAAUUUUCUUUUUUUUUUUUUUCGCAUUCUUUUGUCUUUUAACAGCAAUUAUUAUGAAUUAUUGAUGUGAAUAUAAGAGCCUUACUGGAGAAAUUAAUAUAAUUUUUUUUUAAUCUUUUUUUUAAAAAUUCUAUAAAAGUAUUUUAAAUUUUAAUAAAUAAGAAGAUUCUUAAUUUUUUUUUUUUUUUUUCGCAUUCUUUUGUCUUUUAACAGCAAUUAUUAUGAAUUAUUGAUGUGAAUAUAAGAGCCUUACUGGAGAAAUUAAUAUAAUUUUUUUUUAAUCUUUGUUUUAACAAUUAUAUAAAAGUAUUUUAAAUACAAGAUUUUAGCCACAUUUGAAUAAUAUUUUCUGUUUUUAAAUAAUGCUGCUUUCAGAGGAGAAAGAGAGUAUGAGCUAAGUCUCCGGUACGAUCUUUACACCAACAAGCACACUCAAUGGUUUUACUUCAGGGUUUCAAACACAAGAGCAGACAUGGAAUACAGAUUUACUAUAUGUAAUUUUAUUAAAGUAAGUCAAAAAUAGGAAAUUAAUUAAUUAAAAUAAUAAUUUGUAUUGCUUUAAGGCUAUGAAUGGCCUAAUGGGUUUCAUGAUUUAAAUACCAAGUACAUGGGAAAUUCAUAAUAUUUUAUAAUUUUAAAAAUUAAUAACACUUUAUAGAUUAGUAUUUGAUUUAUUCACAUUUCAUAAUAUCACUUACAUCUCAUAUGCCUGUUUCUUAGUUACCCAUAUUACAAUCAACAUGUAUUGAUUGAUUUACAGUUUUAGCUGCCAUUGAGCAUUCAGGGACUUGGAGUAAGAACAAUGUUACAGAGAUUUAGUUAAAUUUAUCUGUUUCUGAAAACAAGAAUUUUUAAUGCUGUUUGGCUGUAUAUUUUUAUCUAGACUAGUAAGCAAUUGCCUCCUUGUGUUGGAUAAGUAAACCCAAUGUAAGAGAUGUUACUUCGUACAUAAAUGUUUUUGGAUUGUAAAUCAGGUUCAAACUUUUGAGCUGUACUCUACAGCCCAUGAAAAUACUAAUUGAACUUAGACCAUGCAGAAAUGUAUUCACUUUUUAUUGUAAAAUUGUGUUUUAGUCGGACAGUCUCUACAAUGAUGGUAUGAAACCAGUCAUGUACAGUGAGAAAGAGGCAGAGCUUCAUAAAAUUGGAUGGGUAAGGGCAGGAAGUGACAUCAAAUACUACAAAAAUAACCUCAGGUAAGAUCUACUUUUACAAAAUGAAAAUAGUUCAACUACAGGAAUAAACUGAAAUACCAGCCUACUUUUGACCACCACAGCAAGGGAGAUGAUCAAUGAAAUAAAUAAAUGCACUUUUAAUUAGCUCCUCCUUUGUAUAAUCAAAUUUUAAUCAUGUCAUGGCCAGUAACAUAUUUGUCUUUUUAAUGACAGCAUUAAUUCCUCAACUUUACAUCUAUAUUUUCUACAGGUAUGAAACUGUUAAAGGGGAGCGCAGCUACUAUUCAAUGACCUGGACGAUUAAGUUCAAACAUGACCAUGACACUGUCUACUUCUCCCACUGUUAUCCUUACACCUAUACAGAUUUACAAGUAAGUAGUUUAAAAAAAUUGUAAUUAAUCCCUAAUACCUGUUUUAUACAUUGCUAAACAGGAAAUUGGUUUUAGCAUUUAAGGAGAAAUAGUUUUUCAAAAUUCAAAUAUAGCAUAGAAAUAAAACAUAAUUUUAAACUGUUAUCCAACAGAAGAUAAAGGAAAUUUGGGAUGCUUAUGUAUCUCUGUUAUCUAAAACCUUUGAUUCACAGACACUAAUGUGUGGGGAAUGCAUAGUUGAUAUUAUAAGUCAUUUAACUGAUUCUAAAAAUACCAGAAGUUAGACCAUCAGAGGCCCUUGGAAAAAAGAUCCCUCAGAUCAUCAUGUGGACACACCUGACAUGAAAUACUUGAGUUAUUCAUUGUUUGUAUUUCUUUAAUAGUAUUAAUAAUUGAAAGAAAGUUUAAAGUCUUUGGAUUUGCUCAUAGACAUUAAAAGUUUUGUGCUAUGAAAAGGAAUCUAAGGUAACUUGAGGCUGAUGAUGUCAUGCAAUUAUAACAUUUAUAAAACUUCGAACUAAUUAAAUGUAUAAAAAUAUCCUUGCACUUUGAUAAAUAAUUAUGAAAUAAUGAAAUAUGAAGUAAACAUAUUUUGUUCAAUUAUAAAUUCCAGAAUUAUCUGCUAGAACUUACAAAUGAUCCCAUAAAGUCUCGCAUAUGUAAGCAGAGAGUGUUGUGUCGGACGUUGGCGGGGAACCUUGUGUAUGUCCUAACCAUCACAUCAGCGUCACAGAACCCAGAAGACAUGAAGGUGAAUUAGAUUAUGAACUUACCUUCAUUUGAAGACCCAUAUCAUUAAAUAUUUGCAUGGAAGUUCAAUGUUACACAGCAAUAAGUUGCCCAUUGGUUAUUUCAAUCAACUAUUUUAAAAAUCUAUAAGUUAUUAUCAGCUUUUUUUCUAAAAAUGAGGGUAUAAAUUCUAGAGUUGGUUGAGUCUGUUAGACUUAAAGACUUAAACAUUAAAUAUUGAAGCUAAAAACAUUGAGUCUGUUAGACUUAAAGACUUAAACAUUAAAUAUUGAAGCUAAAAACAUUGAGUCUGUUAGACUUAAAGACUUAAAUAUUAAAUAUUGAAGCUAAAAACAUUGAGUCUGUUAGACUUAAAGACUUAAACAUUCAAUAUUGAAGCUAAAAACAUUGAGUCUGUUAGACUUAAAGACUUAAACAUUAAAUAUUGAAGCUAAAAACAUUGAGUCUGUUAGACUUAAAGACUUAAACUUAAACAUUAAAUAUUGAAGCUAAAAACAUUGAGUCUGUUAGACUUAAAGACUUAAACAUUAAAUAUUGAAGCUAAAAACAUUGAGUCUGUUAGACUUAAAGACUUAAACAUUAAAUAUUGAAGCUAAAAACACACAUGCACAAAUAUUGUCUUCUCUUCAUCGACCCUAAGAUGAUUUUUUUCAAAUUAAUAACUAACAAAGUAUUUUACCUUAUUUUUAAAAAUUAUUAACUGACAAAGUAUUUUCUCUUAUUGAAUAUGUAUGUUUAAGUUUUACUCACAAAAAAAAAAGUUUUUUAUAUUUUCAUCUCUUGUAAAACUUGUUGUGUUCAGCAUAAGAAAGCAGUGGUGGUGACUUCUAGAGCACACCCAGGAGAGAGUAACUCCAGUUGGAUGAUGAAAGGCCUGCUUGAUUUUGUCACCAGCAAUUCUCCUGAUGCAAAGGUGUGAGAUAAAUAAGUUCCAAAAAACUGAUAUGGAUUCUUGUUCUCUUUUCAGUGACUUGAGCUGGUUAAUAAAUAAAGUGCAUGCUCUGGUAUUAUGACCCUUAUAUUUAAGACCCAACUUGACUGGUUUUGUUUUGCUUAGGGGCUGUAGGGCUUAGACAUAGACUGUAGGAGUCCUGAUCUGUCUUGAAAUGAAAAAGACUGUUACGUCUUUAAAUCCUAUUACAAGUGCAUGCACUAUAGAAAAUACCACAGCCUAGUUCUAAGUAUGAAAAAAUACAACAAAAAUAAAUGUUAUUUCCCAGUCUUACUAUUGAGAGAACCGAAAAAAUUAAUAUGAUUUUACAUAGGUACAAGUAGUUACAAUUUCUGCCACAGCAUACAAAGUACACAAUAAUAAGUGAAAGAUGAGGUUUGACAUUAACCUUCAUAAGAUUCUUACCAUCAUAUAAAGAAUUAACACCAGUCACAAUAAAAUAAUAAAUUAUUCCUAUGUUCAGAGGACAUUCAUUUCUUAAUUAGGUUUGGUUAUGUUAACACACUUACUUGGCCAAAGAAAAGAGAAAUACACUAACACAAAUAAAGGAGUUGCUACAUUGCACUCUUAGCAAUCUCUGACCAUAAAAUAUCUACUCAAAUUAGAUUAUAUUAGGCAAAGUUGGGAAGGACAAUUCUAAUCAAAUUUGGAAGCCAUAGGGGUCAUGGGUUACAUCAUGUGAUCAAAACCCUGUUUGGGGUUAUCUAAGUGUUCUACAAUGGUAGAAAUUUGGCAGUGUUCAAAAGUGGUUUAGUCUGGAAAUUGUAACAUCACCAGUUGGAGCUCACCCACAAGACAAUCAUGAACUAAUAAGUAAUGUUAUCCUGUUAGUUGAAGUAUAAAAUUGAUGACAAGCUAUCAAAUGGCAUGAAUUAAAAGCUUUACAGAUCCAGUUUAAAUAAACACAUUUUUUUUUAUUAGUAUGGCUUGAAAAUUGCCAGGAGCAUACGUCUGUAUCAGGGAUUAGAUGGUCUAGCACCAAAGGAACUAUUUCAUUUUGAAUGGAAAUAAAGAAUUUGAAAAGCUGUUCUAAUUAAGAUUACAGGAAAUUUGACAAGAAAGAUAAUUGUGAAGUAUGUCACUUAUAUCAUUUGAUACAGAUUGUCUAAGAUAUUUAGAAAUUAUUAGAUUGUUGAUUGCUUUUAUUUGUUGUUUUUACAGCUGUUACGAGACACCUUUAUCUUUAAAAUUGUUCCAAUGCUGAAUCCUGAUGGUGUCAUUGUGGGGAACUACCGUUGUUCCCUGACGGGGAGGGAUCUCAAUAGGAACUACAAGACUGCCCUGAAGGAUGCCUACCCCUCAGUGUGGCACACGAAAUCUAUGAUACGAAAGUAAGAGCUUUACAUAGUUACACUUUACACAAGUGCAAUUUACAUAAGUUACACUUAACAUAGUUACACAUUACAUAAUUACACUUUACAUAGUUACACUUUACAUAGUUACUAGUAAAUUGUUAAUUCAGUCAGGGUGAUUUUUUUUUUGUCUGUGUUUUUAUUUAAGAAGCUGAAAAGGAAAUGAAUAUAACAAUGUAAUCAAAUCAAAUCUCCAUUUAUUUUUGAUCAGUAAAAGAGUUUCAUCUUCAUUUAUAAAAUCGUUAUAUCGAAAUCUUGCCAGCAGUCUGUAAACCCUCCAUGACACACUGGGUAUGACGAGAGACCUGUUGACAAAUGCUGCUCUUUAAAAUAGAACAUUUGUAUUUAAUCCUUUGCUUAGAAAAAUUAAUGACGCCAUAGAGCUUAGUGUGACUGGAUAUUUGUUCUGACUUUUAAAAAAAAAAUGUUUAUGAUAAAUCUGGCCAAGGAGAAAUAAUUCAUUGCAUUUACUGGAUGAUUUCCUCAGACUCUUGAUUGAAAGAGACAUUAUUGUUUACUGUGACCUUCACGGGCACAGUCGUAGACAGAAUGUAUUCAUUUACGGAUGUGAGCAAAAAAGUAAUUCCAAUAAAAGAUUUCAUGAAAGAAUUUUCCCAUCAAUGAUGAGCAGGAACACUCCCGAUAAGGUCAUUAUUUUUAUAAGACGGAUAGAUGUGUUGGAUGGAUUGAUGUGUAGAUGUUAGGUAGCUUGGAGGGAUAGAGGGUUGAUUAAUGGGCCGAUGACUGAAUGGAUGAAUGGUUGAGGUGGAUGAAGAGAUGCAUUUGUAGAUGGGGGUAGAUAACUUGGGGAUAUGUAUUGUUGGCGGAUGGGUGGGGUUGUUAGAUGUGUAGAUGGUAUGUAGGUUGGUAGGAUAGAGGUUUGUUAGAUGGGUAGAUGAUAUGUAGGUUGGUAGGAUAGAGGUUUGUUAGAUGGGGUAGGUGGUUGAAUGGUUUAUUGGAUGAUUGGGUUAGUAGUUUGGUAAUGGGGUAAACACAUUGGUACAUAGUUUUGUUGUUUCUGGUCUAGGUGGGGUUGUUAGGUGGGAAGUGGGAAUGAAAAGUUAGGUAGGUAGUUAACUGGAGUGGAUGGUUUGCUUGGUAGUGCAAGUGGAUGUAUUUUAAUCUCAAACCAAAUAGUAACUUAAAAUUAUGACAGAGAACUGAUAAAUUAAUGACAUGGUUUUUUUUCAGUUCUGCUUCAAAUCAUGCAAGUUCAAAGUUCAAAAGAGCAAGGAAGGAACUGGUAGAGUUGUCAUGUGGAACAUGGGCAUUAUGAACAGCUACACAAUGGAGGUUUGUCUUUUAAGACUGUGAUUUUGACAAUAAAAAUAGAUUAUAAAAAUGAUGUGAUAUCUGCAAAUUAUUUAAUUUUGUAUAUAUUCUUUAGCUAUUGUUACGACAAAGCUAUUCAUGCUAGAAAACAAUUUUUUUUAAAGAUUUAUACUUUGCUUACCUCCAGGCAACUUUCUGUGGGUCAAGUCUCGGCAGAAAGAAAGGCUUUCACUUCAAUCAACGAGAUUUCGAAAUGAUGGGAUACCAUUUCUGUGACACGUUAUUGGAUUACUGUGACCCUGAUAACACAAAGGUAAUGGCUAUAAAUAGUUCUUAUAUAAAUAUGUCUUUGCUUUGUAGGUAUUAGUUCUUAUAUAAAUAUGUCUUUGCUAUGUAGGUAUUAGUUCUUAUUUAAAUAUGUCUUUGCUAUGUAGGAACGUGCAUCAGCCUUACUAAAACUCUGGAAAAAUACAUUGUACAAAUUAAUAGAGCAUCCUCGACAUCUUUAUCUUGUUCUGCAAUCUCUUAAACAGUGUUAACAAUAUUACAUUUUAGCUGUUUUUUUAAAAUUUAAUCCAUAAACAUUAAAAUGGAAAAUAAUGUAAUUCAAUUUUUUUUUUCAAGCUAGAUUUUAAAACCAAAAUGUAAGAGUAAAAAUGUUGUGAAUGAAUUUUUAAAAAUUAUCUGCUCUUUGGUUUUUAUUCAAAUUUUCACAGAUCUGUUCAUGGCUGUUAACUGUCUCCUUCUCUUGAAAUAAAAUUGUGUAAUAUUAUUUAUAUUCAUGUCUUAAUGUUUAAAUGAAUAAAUUCAGAAGUAAACAAACAAUGCUGUCUAAACAUGCUGUUAUUCAUAUAAAUUCUGAUGAAGGUGUUUAUAAUAGAAUAUUUAUUUUUAGAAAAGGGGUGGAAUUUUUUUUACAAUAAUUAUUUUUUAAUUAUAACUUUAUUUUCAUAAUUUAUAUAUUAUGAUAAAAUUUUAAGGAUAAUUAUAGUCUUGUAUGAAUAAUUUAUGAAAACUUACAAAUUUCUAAAGUAAAGAUCACAGUUUUAUCCAAUGUUCUAGAAUUUAAACCUUUUUUGGGGGGCUUUUAAAAAAAAUAAUUAAUUAAUAGUCCUGAUUGGAUAUUUCAUGUCUUUAAAAAAGUAAUUUAAACAAAAUUAUCACUCAUGAGAAAUAAUUGCUUCUAUAAUUAAAUUUAAAAAUUGGCAUUCCUUGAGCAACUUUAUAUAUAUAUAAAUCUAUAUAAUGCUUAAGGAAAUAUGAAAAGUUUUGGCGAUAUUGUUAUAAGCCAUACUGUUUAAAUGUUUUACUGCCGUUUUUGUAGUUCUCAAUUUUAGUGUUUCAAUAUUUAGUAAUUUAAAUCUUGAUGGACUUUUGACAAACUGCUGAUGACCUAUUUCCAUGUUUUAACCAUUGUCAUUCAACCUCUUUUCCAUUUUCUUUUCUAACUUUUCACAUUGGACACUGAUUCACUCAUGGUAACUAACCCUUUAUAUUAUCAUAAAUUUAACAACUUUUUGCAUGUGUAUUUUUUUGGUUUUUCAAUUAUUAAAUUUUUUAUUGAGAGCUUGUUUAGAGUUCAAAUGAAAUAUACCUAAAUUAAACCUGCCGGUGAGCUCAACAACUUUGUAUAUUAUUUAAGUGUUUAUUUCUAUAUGAAAUCAUGAUUAAGGUUCUUGGGUAUUAUUUAAAGUUGUUUAAAUUUUUAAAAAAAUUAUUAAUAGGAUGGGUAAACUAAUUUUUUUUAAAAAUUAUCAGUAGGAUGAGUGAACUAAAGUAGCAUGGAUCCAAGCACUAUAUAAGUAUUCAAUCAAUAAAUCAAUCAAAACUCAAUAAUAAAAUAAUCUUUUACUGGUAGAUAAAAAGUUUAAAUUCUAGUCUGAAAUAACAUUGAAUUAAAUAAAAAAUACAUUAAAAGAAUAAUGAAGCAUUUGAUCAGUAAAAUUUGUGGCCACACUUAUUUAAAUUGGCAUUGACCUAGCAUAAAUCAAUCUCAAACUUCCCUUCAUAUUCAGAUUUAACUUUGCAUAAUGUUUUCAUUUAUUUUUACAUUACAUGGUGUGUAAUGCUUGUAAUAUAAUGUAACAGUUCUAAUAUAUUUGCACACAACGAAAAUAUAAGUUUCAAUAACUGCACCAGAAGGAAUAUAAAAUGAAAUGUACAAUAUUUUAGAAUAGUAUUAUCUUGUGUACUUUAUUUACAAUGCAUAACACAUUGAUUUGGAACUGCUCAAUUAAGUGGUAUAAGUUGGUUAAGGAAUAAAAAGAAAAUUGCAUUCAAUUUGAGAGUUUCCCCCUUCUUUCAAAUUAUUAUUUUUUAAAUUUUAGGUUACUACUGGAGUUAUAAUAGAGGUUGAUUCAUUUUUUAAUAAAUGUAAUGUUUCUAUAUUCUAUCAUUACCAUUAAAAAGUUGUUUAAAUGAUUUUUUAAUGACUUAGAUAUAGCAUACGUUUUACCAUGGACUGUGGUAAUUUUGUUAUCAGAUGAACAGUUUGUCUCUCUUAUCCUAUAUCCUAGUACAACAAAAUUCUGGAUGACCUCAAGGAGAAACAUCAGAUGAUGGUGUUGGCCAAACUGGCAGAGAAAGGCUUGAACCCUGAAGAUGCAGAUGAGUUCAGUGAUUUCUCUACGGACACUGAGUCUAGGUACAUUAGUCAUACUUCAAUUCUGUUACUUUCAAUAGCAUGGAAAGUCAUUGUACAUAUUGAUGCAUUUUAAUACUGGCUAUGACAAACUCUGUAAAGUAGAGUGACACAAGCACAAGAGAUCAACUGUCAGAAAAUAGAACUUAAAAGUGAACAUGUUAAACAGCACCAAAGAUAUGUUGUUCUUGGCAGAAAUUCUUAACAUGCAGUAUUCCCAAAUCACUGUUUUCAUACCAUAUUUCUGUUGGUGUACUUUCAAGUGUUCAUUUUUAAAAACAAGAGAAGAGGUUGAUUUUGUGAAUUACAAAAAGACAAUAAAAUUUCAUUUGGCCCUGGAAUCCAAAAACAUUUCUUUCAUGCAUGAUAGAGUUUUAAGCAAUAAAUGCUCACUAUUUUUUUUCACCUUUAACAUAAGAUUCUCAUUCUAAACCUAAAUAUUAACAGUAGCUUUUAACUGGUAGCAAAGACCAUUAUUUUAAAUUUUUCCCCCCACAUGAUUUUCAUUUUUAACAGUGAUGGAGGCUCAGACAGUUCUAUAUCUGAUGGUCCACCUGUACAUUUACAGUUUGCUACACCAAGGGUAAGUGAUUAAGUCACAGGUUUUGCUCUUUUUCAUGACACAAAGUGAAUACUUAUAGAUUUGUAGAAUAUCCAGUUUCAAAUAAAACCACAUCUUGGAAACCAAUACCAUUUAUUUAAUUACCAUAAUAUUUUUAGGAAUAAGUUGUUCAUUUUUUGCAUGCCAAGAUGACCAAAGCUAUAGUAGAUGAUGAGUGCGCUUUGGUGCCACAGCCCAUGUAGGGCUUUGGCCUGCCUUAUCACAUCUUUCCACUCAGACCUAACAAAUGCUUUUAUUUUCCAUCCUUGGAUUCCCAACUGCUGUAGAUCUAUUUCCACAUCAUCCAUCCAUCUAAGCUUGGGUCUGCCUUUGAGCUGUUUUGAGGUGUUUUGGUGGUGCACCCUCUUCACCCCUCUGUUAUUUGCUAUUCUUUCUAAAUGUCCCGCCCAGCAAAGCCUGCCCUUUUUUUUUCCAGCUACUAACGUGGGAUCCUGAUAUAGACAAAUCCUGGUUGGUUCAUAUUCUCCAUCCAUCUUCAUCCUUUGUUGGUCCAUAUAUUUUCCGGAAAACUUUUCUCUCCCAUGUGGUUAACAGGUUUUCUGUCAUUUUUGUUAGGGUCCAAGUUUCACAUGCGUAUGUUACAACUGGUCUGAUUACAGUUUUAUAAAUAGUUUUCUUUGAUUUUCUUGUAAGGUUUUUACUUCUAAGUAUUUUCGGACUACUGACGUACGCCCUGGUUCAGGCAAAUAUUCUUUCUUUGAUUUCUGUUAGUAAUUCAUUUCUUUCAUUAAAUAAAGAUCCUAUGUAUUUGAAUUGAUUUACUUUUUCAAAAAAGUGAUUUCUAAUUUUAAUGGUUUCACCUUUCUGUUCUUCCCUUAACAAAGUCAUGUAAUUUGUUUUUUUUUGUUUACUUCCAGCCCUGCUGGUAGAGAUGCGUCUUCUAAUUCAAUAAAGGCUUUUGAUAUGUUUUUACUACUUUUCCCUAGCAGUGCUAUGUCAUCAGCAUAUGCAAGAUACUGAAGUGGCUGGUUGUAGACUUGUAGAGUGUGCCCUUUGGUUGUGGGUCUUGGGUUUCCCUCAGAAAGUAUCCUGUUAUUGUUCCUCAGGUGUCAAUAUGUAUGCUUCUUAUAACUCUCUCUAAUGUUAGGUUAAAAGCAUACAAGGCAGUGUCUUAGGCCUCGUCUAUUCUGAAAUUCACUUGAAUAUUCUCCUUGAACCUAAAUUUUGCUGUUACAGUUUUUUUAAUAUUACAUGUAUAAGUCUUGUCAGUUGGGUAUGCCAAAGUCCUGCAAAGUCUCAUAUAGAUAUUUUCUUUUGAGGCUGUCAUAGGCCAUUUUAUAAUCCACAUAGAGUUGAUGUACUAGGAUAUAAUAUUCAUAGCACUUCUCUAAUAGGCAUCUGAUGGUGAAUAUCUGAUCAGUCGUUGAUCUGUUUUGUCUGAAUCCACAUUGGUAGUCACCUAGUAUUUGUUCAGUGUACUGUUGUAGACUUUUGGCAAUUAGUUUUGCCAGUAUCUUUAAUUUAACUUUGAAUAGGGAAAUUGCUCUGCAGUUUGUGCACUGAAAUUUGGAACCUUUCUUGUGUAUAAAGGCUUUUGAUAGUGCUGUUUCCCAUUCUGUUGGGAUUUUCUCUUUUUGCCAAAUUUAAGUUGUAAGUAUAUGUGUUUAAGUGUGUAUUUCUCUUCCUCCAUAGUUAAUGUUAUGCUGUGAUGAGGUCUUUUCCUAGGGGCUUUGUGGUUUUUCAUAGAAUUGAUUACUUCUGUAGUUUCUUCCAAAGUUUAGAAGUUUAUUACUGGUCCUACAUGUGGUGAUUGAUAAUUUUCAUCUUGUCCAUUGUCUGCAUUUAGUUUGCCCUCACUUUAUUCAGUCUAUCUUUACAGUACUUUGCUAUUUUCUGUAAUUACUUCUCCAUCAUUGUUCUCACACAUUUGAGGUCUGGCUUGGUAUCCAUUCUUUUCAUUUUUUAUCUUCAUGUACAUUCCUCUAAUAUUUCCCUCUCUUGGUAAGUCGUCUAUUUAUUUUAGUUAAGCUUUUUCUCAUCCCCUUUUCUUCUUUCUAUACAUUUUGUGGCUUUCCUUCUUACUUCAUUGCAUUUUUGUCACAUCUUCCUGGUUCUGGUUCUGUUAGUGUUCGUUGCUGCAUCCAUAUACUGGCAUCUGUGCAACGGUUGGGGAGCGAUGUUGCUAUUCUAACAGCUUCUAGGAGAUGCCAGGGCAGCCUUGAAGCUUUCAACUAACGUUGAGUCCACAGCGGCAUUGUCCAGGUGGUUCCAAGCAAUUAUUGUGUGUGGGAAGAAUGAUUGUUUAUACUGCACUGUGUUGCACCGAGACACGAUGAAGCAUUUACUGUUGUUUCGGGUGUAAUUGUUUAUGGGAAUGUCAGUGGUGAAAUCAGUGUUUAGUGAGCGUUUGGCUCUGAUCAAUCGACCCGGUUUCUGUGGGGUGAGGUAUGUGCCUGCUGGGAUGGCCGGCACCAGUCCCAUGACCACUUUAUAUAAGAAUAUCAGGUGGAGUCUCUCUCGUCUGUCUUUAAGGGGGGGGGGAUGUCAAAUCUUUUUAAGAGGCCAGUGACGAAGCCAGGAGUGGUGGAUUUGUAGUUAUGUGCAAUGAAGCGCACCGCGUUACGUUGAAUUCGCUCCAUCUUGUCCACGUCUUGCUUAAGGUGUGGGUCCCAGAUAAUUGCACCAUAUUCUAGUAGUGGACGGACGAGUGCAAGAUAGGCGUUUCGUUUGCAGGAAGUUGGGCAGUGGUGCAGAUUUCUUUGUAUGAAACCAAGUGUGGUGUUGGCUUUUUUUGAAAUUGUGUUUAUAUGGGGUGACCAUUUUAGGUUAUUUGAGAAGAGAAUUCCAAGGUAUGGACUAUUGAAUACUUGUUGGAGAAUGGUCUUGAUUAGACAGUACAUAUAGGUUGAUGUCUUUUUUCUUGAGAUGCUCAUUGUGUAGCAUUUGGUUUCAUUAAAUUUCAUGCCCCAUUUGUCCGCCCAAUUCAUAAGGCACUUCAGAUCUGCUUGGAGGUGGUUGUGGUCAUUGUAGCCAUUUAUCUCUCUGUAUACAAGACAGUCAUCUGCAAACAGCCUCACUUGGGAUUUUGCAGUAUAAGGGAGGUCGUUUAUGUGACAGAGAAAGAGAAGGGGGUCCAGCACUGUAUCUUGAGGAACUCCUGAGUCUACGGUAGCUUUCCCUGAUCGGACGCCAUCUACCACUACUUGCAUGGUACGUUGUGUUAGGAAUGUUGAGAGCCAGGAGUGAAGGUUGCUGGUAAUGCCGUAGUGGUGAAGCUUAUGUAGAAGAAGGCUGUGUGGAACAGUGUCGAAGGCCUUGGAGAAGUUGAGAAUUGUCAUAUCAACCUGGUUACCUUUGUCAUAGGAGGCGAGGAGGUCAUUGGUAGUGAUGAUUAAUUGAGUUUCUGUUGAGAAUCCAGAGCUGAAACUGUAGUUUAGGUUGGUUUCCCUUUGUAUCAUGAUUAUUCAUGCCUUGUUCCUUUCUUGAACAGUUUCACUGUAUUCAUUAUCAAACUAACCAGCCAACUCAACUGUUAGUUUACUGAAAUCCUACUACUUUUUCUGAUGAUUUUUUCCAUAGCAUUUUUUUUAUCCUAUCCCACUGUUCCUAUUGGUUGUUUUCCUUGUUUACUUCCUCCUGUGAUGCUUCUAGUUGUGCUUCUACUUCAUUUGCUACUACCUGGUAAGCUUUUGUGGUUAGUGGGUCUUUGGUAAGUUUUUGGUAAUCAUAGCGUUUCUCUCUUUGAUGUCGGCCAUUGUGAAUUAUGCUUCUUCUCUGUUUAUAUUUAACAAUUACAAGUAGAUGGUCAGAUUCUGCAUCUCCUCUUGAUAGCUUUUUACAUCUAGUAUGGCUGACCCAUGCCUCUAAUCGAUAAGAACAUUGUCAAUUUGGUAGUGAGUUAUUCCAACUGGUGAGUUCCAAGUAACUUUAUGUACAUUUUAGUGUGAAAACUUGGUGCUGAUGUCAUCCCUUUUCUUAAAAAAAAGUCUGUGAGUCGGAUCCCAUUGUCAUUGGAUUCUUCAUGUAGACUCUCCUUGCCAAUAUUUGGCAUGAACACUUUUUCUUACCCUACAUUAAAGUCGACAAUCAAUAUUUUAAUAUCAUGUCAUGGUGGCUCAUCAUAGAUCGUUACCAGCGUCUCAUAAAAGGAUUUUUUUAUCUGACAUUCUGUAUCUUGGGUGGGAGCAUGAACAUUUAUAAAUGUUAUAUUAAACCUUUUCCCUCGCACAUGCAAAGAGCACAAUCUUUCAUUCUCUGAUUUAAAACCUACCAAUGCACCCAUGGCUUCUUUCUUCACAGCAAAUCCUGUUCCAAGAAUUUUAGUAUUGUUGCCACUAUAAAAUAUGAUCUAGCCUUUUGUCUUGGGGAUGUCUGGAUUUUUCCAUCAAAUUCCUUGCAAGGCUGCUAUAGAGAUUUUAUAUUUAAUUAGUUGGUCUAUUAGGUUGGCUAAGGCUCCUGCUCUCAACAGGCUUAUUACAUUCUAAUUCGCAAUCCAAAAAUUAUGUCUAUAUCCAGGAAUAGGUUGAUUUCCAUUGUAAUCAGUCCGGGUUUAUUUUGUAGUGUGGCUUUUGUAACAAUUUAUUUUUUACAUGCCCAGGUUGUUAGCCCUGUGCACAACUAUCUAGGGGGCCACCCCUCACAGCUCUCUAGGUAGCUGCCUUAAUUUUUGGGUAAGAUUCCAUGGCCUUUGUGGAUCCCUUCACUUCCUACAAGGCAGCAGGUUCUGAUUUUGGUCCGCUCCGGAUAUUUUAUUUACCCAGUACCCACCAUAUCUUGUGUGCUUUCCCCUAUCCACCACCUGGGGAGGUGCUAGAUGGAAGAUCAUUAUCUAUGCACAAAGCGCAGGGUGCCUGCUAGUCCUAUUUGUGUCUGGAAAGCUUUCCAGCUAGUGGGAAACACAUUGUUUUGGGUCCUAAUAGUUUUGAUGAAUAUAGAAACAAAAUGGUUACAAAGCUUUCGUUAAUAUUUAUUGUUUUUAAAUUGAGCUUUUAACAGAAUAGCUGGAUAUAGUUCCAAUAUAAUAUACCAUCUAAUAUACCCAUGUAAUAUACCAUCUAAUAUACCCAUCUAAAAAUAAACUGUGUCUCAGAUUUGUGUAAAAAAAUAAAUAACAUUCAUUAAGACUCAAUUGCUAAAACAAAAUUUUGCUGCUAAUUUUAGAAAUUUAUAUUCAUAUCAUUUGGUGUCAUAUAUACACUGAUAUUAUCAAUGCUGACUCUUAUGAGAGGGUUAUAUAAAAGUUUGUUUAUGGUUUUCAUUUAAAAUAAAACCUAUAAUAAUGAAAAUACAUAUUUAUGUAUGAAGAACAAUUUCAUUUUUCCUUUUCAAAGUUUGGUUCUGCUUUUUAGAUGACUUUCAAAAAUUUCUAUUUUAAAAUUUCAGGCAAUUAAUGCUGUAUGUUUUAAAAUGUAUUCUCUGAUUUUAUGAACUCUUUUAUAUGUAAAAACUAACUUCUGUUUUUAUUGGAGCCUGCGCUACACCUUAUAGUAUACUAAAAUUAUCUUUUUAAUAUUGUGGUUUGCACCAAACUGCACAUGGGUACUUUUAUUUCAAAAGCACUACCAACUUAUCAACCAUUUUUGUAUACCGCACAUGAUUAUUUAGUCUAUACUCCUGGGAUAUGGCCUGCUGACCUCAAUAAAUUCUUUUUUUUUAAAAUCCUAAAAACUAAUAAUAAUUCUAAUAAUCUUUUUGAAAAUGGAAAUGCUGAGAUAACUUAUAAUUAUAAGCUAUUGUUUGAAUCCAACAUUCUAACACUCAAUGUUUCUAAUUAUUUUAUUUCUUUUCCUGUUCAUAGUUUUUUAAAAUCCUUUAUAUUAACUUCGCUUUUGUUCAAGGAUGGCUGGCUGGGUGGGAAGACUGGCAAAAUCUUCAAAUGACUAAUUGACCCACUUCCCAUCAACCUAUCAAGCUGAAAUUUGGCACAUAGGCUCGUUGUCAAUGACAACACAUUCUGUAAAAUUUUCAGCCCUACCCCCAACACCCAAAUCACCCUUUUUCAAGGGGAAGAUGAAGAAAAAUAUGAUGACACUGAUUUACCAAAUCAAAUUCUCGUUAAGAUUCUUUUAAAAUGCGUUUGGUGCAUAAUGUUUUCUCUUUUUUUUUCUGAAAUAGUUCAUGAAAUAAAUCUGUGGUGUAAAAGUGGGUAGGUCAUUAGAAUAUCAAUAUAGCUCAGGGGCAUUAAAAAAAUGUGCGGUUGUGAACCUUGGACUUGGAAGGAGCACUAAUUGGGAUUCUUAUAAAGUCUGUUACUAGUAUGCAUGUUUUGUCAAAUUUUCAGCCUCAACAUCCCCCCCCCCCAACCAUAGAUCAAAAUUACAUUUUAUAAAGGAUUUAUACACAAAAAAGUAUUUUUAAUGGUUGUUUAAUUAUUUUCAGUUUUUUUUUUUGUCAUGUUACUUUUGCACAAAUUUCAAUUUUUGAGCACUAAUUGGGAUUCUUAUAAAGUCUUUUACUAGUAUGCAUGUUUUGUCAAAUUUUCAACCUUAAAAUCCCCCCCCCCCCAGCCAUAGAUCAAAAUUACAUUUUAUAAAGGAUUUAUACACAAAAAUGUAUUUUUAAAGGUUGUUUAAUUAUUUUCAGUUUUUGUUUUUGUCAUGUUACUUUUGCACAAAUUUCAAUUUUGAUAAAGAGAGCAUCUUGAAUAUUUUCUUUUAUCAAUCGAUAAACAUAAUUUUAGAAUUGUCUCUGAAAAAUUGACUUAGACUGACAAAUAAUUUAACACACAGAAUUUUAUCCGCCUUUGCAUAUUUUAUCACAAGUGGUAUUAAAAAUGCUACUGUUGUUUUUGUGUAACGCAGGCCUAUUUGAUUUCAUUACCGUACCUCUGUAUUAUUAACAUGUAUAUAUCUGGCAGUACAUAAACAGCUGCCAUCAUACUUUUUGUUUUUCCCCCCAUCAUUAUUGUUUCACUAUCCUUCAGUUAAUUUGUUCAACCAUCCCAUUUCAGUUUUAAAAAAUUAAAUUGACAACAUUAAAAUUAAUGAGGGUUUUAAUGCUAAACAAUUUUAAUUUAGUAGAAGUGCAGUAAGAGUUCGUCCCAUUAAUUAUUUUUGUUAGAGAUAGUUUUAUGAUUUAAUUUGUUAAAGUCAUUUUCAAUAUAAAAAUAACAUGCUUAUUUUUUUCUAAUGCUAACUUAUCUCUAUUCAAACUUUUUAUAGCCUAAAAAGAAGAAAUUAAAAUCCAAGAAAGACAGAGAUAAAGCCAGUAAAGAGGAUCAAAGAAAGACAACGCCAGUUGUAAGUAAAUAUGCUCUCCUAAAACAAGUUGAGUUAACUCAAUUUAUUACUCUUCUAUUUUCUUAUUGUUCUUGUACUUGUAUUGACAUUUAUAUUUAAUACUGUUAAGCUUAAAACAUUAUUUUAUUUGAACAGUUUAAAACUAUAAUAUUAACCAUUAAUGUGAUAUAUUUGUUAAAAACAAGGCUAAUCAAUGCAGCCGCAUAUUCUGCUAAUUUGAAUUUUUUAAAUUAUGAUACCAUGUUUUCUCAUCAUAGGAGGAUAAAAGAAUGAGGAACAAUCAGGUCAAACCACUGAAGCAAGAAGCAUCAAAGGUAAAUUAAAAAUUCCUAAACAACAUUCUAAGCACUGUUAAAAUAUAAUAUAUAAUAAUUUUCAUCAUCACACAUUCAACAAAAUAAUAUUUAAAAAAAAAAAAAAAGGAAACUUUUACCUUAAUUUUAAUUAAUUCAGAAACAUUUCUGAGUAUUAUUUUAAUUAGCAGAAUUUGUUAUGCUUUAAUUAUCACUUAAUUUUUUCAAAUAUAUUUCAUGGAAUGAAUCAAGUUUCAUAGGUUCAGAGCACCCUAUGGAACGAGAGUCUUGCAAAAAAACACAAAAAAAAAAGGGGGGGGGGGGNGGGGGGGGGGGGGUGCAAAGAGAGAAUUCACCACAGCACCAACAUCAGGGGGUGGGGUGUGUGUCAAUUUUGUCCUUCAUAGAUAGGUAAACGAUAAAAUCCCACGCACUUCACAAAGACAAGGGGCGCCAAAAUCGCUAUUUUAAUGGUCCGCCCUGAGCAAAACCUGUUUCAUUAUAUUGAUUGGUGCCAUUUUCAGGCUUUGCCACAGGCAACACUUUUCCUUGGAUGGCCCUGUAUGAAACAAAUUAAAUAUGAAACCCAAUUAAAAUUCUUCCACUGUUAAGGUCUUGUAAAUCACUUUUUUUUACUAUCUUUUAGCCCAUGAAAUAUACUUCCAAUGGCACCAAACGUACAAGAGCAAUUGAUGAACGUACUAACUCUGGAAUCCCUGUUUUUGUUCAGGAGAGAUUUGAAGAAAAGCAACAGAAAAGGGUAUAAUAAUACCUUGUGUUUAUAAAUGACUCUUGUUUCCAAAGCCUCAAGUGUUUAAAUCGUACAUUUUUUAAAUUGGAUUAGUUCAUACCCAUUCUCAGUUUAAAAUUGACAGGUUAAGCCUUAGUGUUAGAUAAUUUUGUUAAAAAAUGUUGUUUAAUACCAUUUUUAAUAAAUGAAAUAACUUUGAUUGUUUUUUUAUUCACAAAUUGUAUUACAAAAUUAAAUUUUAUCGUAGAUUUAGUUGUCAUCUCUUAAUUUUGAAAAAAAAAAAAAGAAAAGAACAUGAAAAUAUAAUAAUAUUAUUAUUGUCAUUUUAUUCUUUAUAUUUGUGGGUUUAAUUGACAAAGAUAUUCCAAGUAGCUCUUACGUUAAUAAGUAUUUUGCUUCUAAGAAAUAUAGUUUUAAUGUUUUAUUAUUAUUUUUCUCAGCAUGACUAUCUUGAAGCCCUGACAGCUGCAUAUAUCAGCAACAAUGUCCCCAUUGUUACAGAUCCAGGUAGGCCUGAAAGUUUCUUAUAUGAUUGAAGAAUAUUUAUUGUUGUGUUUUACUAUUUGUGGACUAGCAUUACAAUUACCUGUGUUGAGUUGGUAGUAUAAUUUGACCUCCUUUAAAGUUACAUCCCUGUGUUUAGUUAGUAAUAUGAUUGAUUUGACCUACUUUCAAGUUACAUCCCUGUGUUUAGUUAGUAAUAAGAUUGAUUUGACCUACUUUCAAGUUACAUCCCUGUGUUAAGAACAAUGGCUAUAUUAAUAAUUAUACAUACUUCCUCCUGUUGCACUUAGUAUAUCUACCAUCUCCUGUGUUUUUAUAAUGUAACAUCUCAAUUAUUGUUUUGUAAUCAUAUAUUGUAUUUUGCUUAUUUCACUGCAUUUCACAAAUUUUAAAACAACAAAGCAUUCUAUCUCAGAAUUAAGCAUUUAAAAUACGGUAACAAAUUUCUUUUAGGAAAUUAACAUUACAGUAUUAGUUAAUGAUGUAAAUAUUUGAGAUUUAUUAAUUGAUAUUAUAAUUUUAAUUGGCCUGCACCUUUUAGGCUAAAGAUAAUGCAAUGACUGGUCCCUUUGUCUUUUAUACUUACAUUUGAUUCUAUGACAUAAUUUAAUUUAAUCAAUUUAAAUUUCCUGCAUUUAUUUAUCCCCAAUCACAGCAUUUGUUAAACUGGAUUGCAACCAAAACAAAGGUACUGGGUUGUCUUCUUACAAAACUUUUAAUAUCUGUUUGGUGUUGGAACUUUAAAAAUCAGCACCAUUUUUUAAAAAAAAUGCAUAUUAUCAAUACUUCUCACAUUUUCUUAUGUUCUAAAAAACUGUAAGUUUCAUCAUUAAUUUCUCAUAUAAAAUAAAUUUCAUUUUAUGCAAUGUGUAAUAUUAAAUUCCUUAAUUUAACUUUCAGAAUAAAACACAUUUUGAUUGUUAAAUUUAAUGGAAAUUAUAUAAAUUCUUGACAUGACUAUGGCCUUGAACAAUUAAUCUCUAUCUUUUCUCUCAUGGCUUAAAGAAACUUUACUUUUUAACUUUCUUUUAAAAUCAAGAAAAAGUAAAAACUAUGAUGAGGAAUCCUUUUUUUUUCCUACUGUAUAAGCUUUUAUCCUCUUAGCAUAGCAUUAGUCACUAAAAAGUAUAUAUUUUUUUUAAACGAGAACAUUUUACAAAUUAAAUACAAAUAUAAUUUUUGUUCAAAUAUAAAAUAACUAAAUUUUUUGUAGCAUUGAAUUUUUUUUUCCUUUUUAUUCUGCUCCAAAUUUGUAGAAAGAAUUAAACAAGAACAUUUUUAACCAACUAUUUUUAUGGAAAUUGAUUCAAAAUUCCUUUCUUUUUCUUCAAUUUAAAAAAUUAAAAAGUUUUUUUUUUAACAAUCUCAGACAAAAAAAAAUAUGACUUUAGAUACAUGACUUUAAAUGCAAUCAUGAAACGUGUGGUUGUUUUCUUUUGAAGAAAUAAAGUGAUGCAUUUUAUCACAAAUUCAAUAUUGAGGAUUAAAAUUGCUUUGUAAACUAAAUCUGUGAAAUCUUUGACUGUGACCAAGUACACUACUUCAAUAACUGAAAUUUAUUACCCUAUUUGUUAGGAGAAAUGGAAUGUUACAAGGAUACUGAGAUACUGCCAAGUAGUGAUAAAUGUAAAUUUAUCAUUUUUCCUUGUUUGGUCAUUAUUUGGGCUGAAAAUGGAAAUAAUUUUAAAUUUCUUACACAAUUGCACCUGAGUAUUUUUUAUUAUUACAGAUGUUAUAAAAAAACACAAUUUACUUUACUUUCUAAUACAUAAUAAAUAUAAAAAAUGUAUAAUUCAUUCUAACAAAUUUAAUACAUUUAUCUCUGAGGAUGCUGUGCCUAUUAAGUUUGCUGCAUAUUAUUAUCUGAUCUAUGAAAGUAUGAGAUUACCGGGAUAUUGUUUCAUUCAUUAUAACCUUUAACACGGUUUGUUGCCUGUGAGCUAAAUCCUACAAAAAAAAAGUUUUUCUCAAUAAUUCUAUGUUGUUAUUGUAUGGAAUUACUAAACCAUGCCUAUCUGAAAUGGGCUUUCAAUGAGAACUUACUGUACUCAUUCCAUUUGUGCUUUCUCAUUGCUGCAACUACAGCUCUUACUCAGCUGUUAUACAACAGCUUAGUAUUUAUCAAAACCUCAACAGCUGCAUUGGAUCUUGUUUUUUUCCCCCCACACUAAAAAAUUACAAAGUUGGGUUAAAAUGCUGCACAUAUGUUCCAGUGACAUUUCAAGAUACACCAUUUAUUUGUGGAAUACUUAAUUGAUGCUUAAAAAGAAUAAUUUAAUCUCAAAAAGAUUUUUAAAAUACAAAUACCCCUAAAGAUGUCAUUGUAGAUACCAGUGUUCACAACAAUAAUUCUAUAUUUUAUCAAUCUCAAGUAACAAGAGGAGUAUUUUUUUCUUUUUAAUUAAACCUAAAACUUUGCAGCAAGAAGAGAGUGGAUUAAGUCAUCAACUAUAAAUGGCAAGCAGCCUUCAAAAAUUGCAAUGGCAACUUCAGAUAUUUGGUCCCCUGACACUUUUGUCAUGGGGUCUAGUCAAGGUAACUAGGAACAAUGGAAAUAGAACACUGAAAUGCAAUGUAGCUUCACCUCUGGACUUUAAGUAUUUUAAAGGCUUAGAAAAUUGUACAUUUAUUUGUAAGUUUUCCUCCUUUAACACCAAUAAACUUCUUUACUAAUGACAUAUCUGAUACUAGAUUUCCCUUAGAGCUAAUAUUUAUUCUAAUGGCAAAUACUAUUUUAAUUACAAUUUUUUUUAUUUUUGGUGUUAAAAAGAACAUCAGAAACUUUGCACAAUAUUAGUUGGUGCAGACCACAGCUCUGGAAUCAGAUAUUUUGCAUGUUUUUUAAUCCUUUAAUAUAUCAGUUUGCAGUUUUUAUGGAACAGGAUUUAGUGCUCUUCCUUAACUUAAUAUAAUUUAUAAUCAGCUUUUCAACUGUUGUUAUUAAGUUGAUAUGAAUUACCAUAUAAGUUUUAAAAAAUUGAGUAAAAGUAAAAAUUAACAAAUUAAUUAAAUGUUAAUAUUUAUAUUUAAUUAUUAAUUGGAUUUUUUUUUAAUGAUCGAAAACUACUUACAGUAAAUAGUAAUAUACUUACAAUUUUUCCUUAUGCUAUGUAAUGCAUGUUGGUGAAUUUUACAUACAAUCAAUAUAUUGAUUUUUCCAAAUUUUAUCAUAUUAAAUUACCCUGUUAUUUAUUAACUGUGAAAAACUAAUGGCUGUACUAUCCAUUGAACUCAAUAGAGAUUACUGUUAAAUGGCUAAAUAUCAAAUUUGCCAGAUACGUAUAUUGUAUGAUAGGCUAGGAGGAGUGGCUGUUAUGUAUUUGAGUCCCGGAGAUUUUACUGCAUUACUUUUUAUACAUUCCCAUGCUUAUAUUUUAAUUAAAGUAGAUCAAUUAUAUUCUGAUGUAAGUAAAUUAGAUACAUCCCAAUAAAAAUUUAAUGGGCUUUGAUUAUUGCACAGUGAGUUUGUAGAUAUUAUUAUUGAUACGCUCUGUAUUCCACUCUGUGUAAUUUUAUAUCUUUCAAAAAUAUUAUUUCUCUUGGAACUCUCAAUCUUGAUGCUUCUUUAGUUGUACAUUUUCGCUACUCUGGGGCCAACGCUGAUCGACAGAAUUUUGAAAGGCGUGAGAAAACCCCAGGUUCUCAAACUAUUGGUGAAGGUAAAUCAGCAGUUGAAACCUCUCCUAGACGUGUCCUGCGUGGCUGCAUUAAUUUUACAAUCAACUAAUAUAUUCAACAAAAGACAUGUAUGGCUAAUUAUGCUUGAUUACUAUAUACUCUUACAUGAAUUAUAUUUUUAAAUUAUAUCUGUACAAUGAUAUUGUUUUUAUCACAUGUAAUCAUGAUUAAUUUUUCCAUAACUUAGGUUGCAUUUACACUAUUAAGAAAAGGGACACAUGUACUUGAAAAAAAUUAACAAAAUUUAAUAAUUAGUCCUGCUAGAAAGAUUUUAUAUAAUUUUUGUCCCCGUGAAGUAACCUCUUGAAAUUGCUGUGUACUGGCCCUAAUCUAGUAACCCGAUUGAUUUAGUUCUUUGAAAGGCAAUUAUAGAAACUAACUUAAUUAAGCUCUUUAAUUUAUUCAGCUUGUUUGACUUUUUCUUUCAGUGAUAUAACAGACACUUAAAAAUUGAUGAUGCUUAUAAUUUAAUAAUUAGAUGUUACCAAAUACCAUGUAAAAAAAAAAAAAAAAAUAGAGUGAGUAGACAACAAUGAAAUUUUUCUCAUAACUGUGAACCAUGAUAACAUUUUUAUUGGACAAGGUGGAAAGAUAAGCAGCACAAUUAAUAAAUUCAAGGUUUCUGACCCGAAUAUUUUUAUUUCCUUAUUAGAAUUCUUAAACAAAGUUCCUGUGCAAUUGACUUCUACAUUUUAACAAUUAUCGGUGUGCUUUUUCAUGAUAUGUUUGCUUGAAUGCAUAUAAAAAUACUAGAAAAAUCUGUUUAUUUUCCUUUUACUGUGAUCCAUAAUAUUGCACAAACAAAAAUAAAUUACAUUUAUCUGACUGAAAUAACAAAUUUAAUUCAGCUAAUACAGAUGCAGAUAGGUUCCAAUCUGUUUAUCAUGAACUUGAACUGCGAAAGCUGACUCCCAAAUGGCUACAGGAAGAGGCAGCCAGACAGAUAAAAACUGCCAAGAGAGGUAGUGAAGUAAUGUUCUGCAUGAGCUUCGCUAUUUCCUUGCCUUUGCAGCCUCUCUGUGAUCAUUGUGUUACUAACAUGCCACCUACCUGGCUAAACAUGCUUGAACCUACUAAUUAAAACAUAUACAAUUCAUGUAUUUUUAUUUUUUCAAAAAAGUUUAUAAUAUACAUCAUAUUUGUAUUUCUGUGGUUAGUAUAAGAUGUUAAAACUUAAUAUUAAACCUUAUUCUAUUUAAUUUCAUGGCUCCCUUCUCGCCAUCUCCUACUAGUAGGUGAUGAAAAGUAAAUAAUAACCAUCUUUUUUUAACAUAGCUAUAGGCCUACAUCUUCACCCAAAAGAUUUUUUAAAAACCUGUUAGAUAAUGGUUAUAAUCAGAGCUAUUCUUUGACUUUAUAGGCACCAUCUUCACCUCUGAUAUACGGUACAUAGAGCUGUACAGAAUUAUUACUAGAUGGUGUCAUUUUUAUUUUCCCCCUUACAUAGAAAUUAUUGCUCAGUAUGAACUCAAUAUUUUUUAAAUCAGUUCAAUUUUGAAUUUACAAUCACUUUUACUCUGGCAAGUGUGACUUAAGUAUGUCAUUAUACACAAGAAUAUUAUCACACCUCUAAUUUGACCUCUAAAUUUUCUUCUUUUCAAACUCCUAGAGUUUUUUUUAAUGCCUAAAGUAACCCAGUGACACCGCACUGUUGACUUGAAUUUGUGCACUGGUAACAGCACUGUUUGCUUAUUUUCUUCACUAUUUAGGUGAUCCACCAUUUAAGAUAUCCCGUCUCUUUGGGAGAAGGGAAGUCCCCAAAUGUAAGGGCUUCUUUGGUAUAUGUAGAAACAUAGUUUCUUUUUUUUUAAAUCUAAAGAUAACAGUUUUCUUAAAGAACAUUUCAAUCAUUUUAUCAUUUUUUAAAAUAGUUUAAAAAUAUUCCUCAUAUUUAUACACUCAGCUUCACUGUUUUUAAAAUGUAUCUCCUGAGCUUAGAGGGAUACCAUACUUCUUAAAACAGACUUCAUGACCAAAUUUUCUUAUUUUCCUUCUGUUGUGUAUUUCUUAUAAAGUGUAAGCACUUUGAUAAAAUUAUCUAAUUUUUUCAUUGUUUUCCCAAAUAUGGGCCCACUUCUGUCUGACAACUGAAAAACAACCCUUUAAACCCUUGAUGACAGAAAUGUCCAAUCAGUGCUCUCCCAGGUCACCAGACUUGAUUUGCUUAAAAAGCCUCUGUUGUUCAUCCUGAUUUUGGUCAGGGGGAGAUAGUGAGUUAUUAAAACCAUCACAGGACAUCGUUGCUACUAAAUAUUGAGAGAUCAUGCACUUUGACAUGUCAAUACUUAAGUCUCACUUGUGCAUUAAUAGUUAUUCCAUGGAGUACAAAUUGAAUGCCAGACUCGCAAAAGCUAGUGCAAUAUUUGGCAGACUCCGCAGCUCUGCUUUGAACAGGCGAGGUAUCAGAUGAGAAACGAAGAUCAAGGUCUAUAGUGCAGCAGACCUCUAGACAUUCCUCUAUGGAUCUGAAACGUGGACAGUCUACCAGCAUCACGCCAAGAAACUAAACCACUUUCACACAAGCUGCCUCAGGAAACUUCUCGGCAUCAGGUGGCAAGACAAAAUGCCUGACAUGGAAGUCCUCGCUAGAGCAAACCUACCUAGCAUCUUCACCACUCUGAUGCAGUCUCAACUCCAUUGGGUGGGACACGUAGCCCAUAUGAAAGACAACCAGCUCCCUAAACAGAUAUUCUUCGGAGAACUCACGAUAGGCAAGCGCUCCCAAGGAGGUAAAAAAAAGCGUUACAAAGAUUCACUGAAAGCAGCACUAAAGGCUUUCAGCAUCAACCCUAUUGAAUGGGUGCAGACAGCCCAGGACAGAGCCAGGUGGAGGUCAGCUGUCAAGAAGGGGGCUCAUUCUCAUGACGCCAGUAGGAUAGCCACAGCUGAGACACACAGGCUGGCUCGAAAGAGCAACCUUACAUUACCGACUACAGCAACUAUCCCCUGCCUGCGGUGCCAGAGAUUAUUCCGAGCACGGAUCGAACUAGCAAGCCACCUAAGAACUCACUGUGGACCCCCCCCCCACCACCCUAACAGGAUGACCAGAUGGUCCUAGUCGAUGUUGACUUACGAACAACAUUCCAUCAGUAAUGCUCCCAAAAGUAUUGAUUUAAUAAGUUUGUUCAGUUAAUAGGGUGGUUAAAAAAAUGUCAAAUACCCUCCCUCCUGCUUUGCUACCCACUCCCAUCACUAUUCAACUGGGGGUGAUAUCUUUAACUUCAUACCAUUGCAAUGAACCUUAACUUUAACUAGAAAAUGUAUUUAAAUAGUAGCUAGUUUUCAUUUUUAAAUUUCUCUAACAAUUAAAUUAAUGGAAAUCAUUUAUUGUCUGCUAAGAAAGAGUAUAAAAACAUAAUACUUCUAAAAGUUCAAUUUUUUGUUCUAAAAAUUUAUUUAUUUUUUUUUUAAAUUUCAUACUUUGUCUUAAAUACAUUAAUGUAUGUGCCUAAAAACUGUAAAGUUAAUUUUUUUUUACUUUAAUAUUAUUUUAAAUUUAAUAAACAUAAAUUCACAGAUUCAUCAAGUUUUCAACAUCAUAACAAAAAAUAAAAACUUUACAAUUAUUAAAGUAUCAUUUUCAUAAUUUAUCCUCAUUGAGUUAAAUCUUAUUCUUAUCUUUACUCAUUAACCUCCAUAAAUAUCUACAUAAUCUAUAUACAUUUCUUGGAGAGCACAAAAAACACAACUUAUUUUAACUUUUUUUCUCUCUCGCUCAAAUGUUAAAAAACUAAUAAAUUACUUUAACAUCUUUUUUAGUGACUUUAUUUCCCCUCUGUUAGUUUAUAGUUGUAAACAAGGAAGGCUUGAAAUAUCUUUUCAACAAGAUCUUUGUUUUUGUUGGUCCAUUUUAAACUGAGUGAGACAAGGAAAUAACCCGCCUAUCGAUGAAUUUGCCAUUGCAUCUUGUUAUUCUUGAUAUUGCUUCAAUAAAUUCACUCAUAAUUUUUCUUUGAUCCAUACGUAAUCUUAUUUGACGGUUACUAUAACAGAAUUAAUUUUUUUGUUGAAAAAAACGUUUGUGAUUUUUGGCAAUCAGUUACGUCACGCUCUUCAGUUGAAAUAUUUGACAACUAUUUUUAAUAAACCGCAAACAGCUGAAGCAUCCAACAUGGAGGACCUUCUUAAAGCCCACCUUGCCCAUAAUGCCACUACCAAUCCUAUGAACAGAAGAUACCAUCCUCACAUCCUGGAGGUAUCAGCUGCUCAACAAAGACAAACUGAGGCUCUGUCACGUGACAAGAACAGUCCAAUUAAAAAACAUCCAAAUCCAUUUGAUGAAACAUUGGAGCCAUCAAAAAAUGGUUUGAAGUAUUUAAUUUAUAUGCUAUAAAAUGGCAAUUUAGUUUUUCUGAUAGUUCAAUGCCAGGCAAACUUAACAUAUGAUAGUUAAAAAAAUACAUGAAUGUCACAAAUUUUUUAAAAUCAAGACUUCUUCUUUCAUAUACAAUUUCAAAUUAAGUAUAAAAGCAUGUUACACCCUCACUUAUUAAGUACCUACAAGUGAUUCAAAAGCUAAAAACAAAAGGGCUACUGUAUUGUUUUUAUCCAUUUUUGUAGACAUAUUUUGUCAUCUGCGUUUGUUACAGAAGAUGUCAAAUAUUAUGUUGUUAAAUUUGCUUUUUUUCUCAGCCACUACAGAUGUGCCAGUUGUGCCACCAGCAGCAAGCUCAGCACCUAACAAAGUAAAAUUGACACUUGUUCAGGGGCCACCUGCUUCUCAAGACAGCCAUCCUCCUACACCAGAAGAACCAGGUAAAGAAAACAUCAAACACCUUUUAUAUGCUCAAACAAGUAGAACAAUCACCGUACUGCUGGUGCUGGCUGGUAUGAGCACAUAUAAAUAAAUGCUACAUCAAAUACUUUUUGCUGUAGCGAACUUAUUAUGAACUUCCGUGUGGUAUUUUCAAGAUGUCAAGCUGUGUCCUCCUACCUGAUCAUAGAAAUAAUAUGACAAAAAGUUGGGUUUUUUUGGGGUCUUUUUAAUGAUGCAGUGGUUAUUAAUUAUGAAUUAGAAUGUAUUACUGCUGAUGCUGUUGUUUUUACUGGAUCCGGUUAUAGGAUUUUUUUGUUGUGUUUAAAUAGUUUAAUGGUAAAUGAAAUAGUUCACAAACAAUAAUGACAACAAUGAGUUUCGUAUACAUAAAUAUGAGGAUUUACUGUUUACUGUUUCACAAAAAAAAAAAAAAAUCACAUACUCUGGGCUUUCUUUGACAUGAUUAACAUUUUUGGAGAAUAUUUUUAAAAAAUCAUUCAUUUCAAACUUUGUAAUCAUAUUUAGACUCUUUUAAAACUAUGUAUAAAUACUUGAGCCAGUCAUGAGCUGAAAAUUUUAUUUCAACAUUUUUAAUAACAGAAUUGAUUCUCAAGUCAGGUAUUUUUAACCCUGGAACUGUGGUAUGCAUCAUUCUGUGGUGUGGAGCUUUUCAGAGCUUUUUGAGUGACUUUUGACAUUGCAUUAAAUGAAAUAUUGAUGCAAGAACCCAAUAAUUAUAUAUUUUUAGAAACGUAAAUGGAUGGGGAUAAAGUUGGCUUUAUUGCCCACCCGGUAAAAAAAUUUUUUGCUCAGUGUCCUUGACCUUGGAGUGCUCAAGAAAAAAUAAAAUAAAAAUCAACAAAAUGUCUUGCUUUCAAGUGCUCAUAACAUCAUUAAUUUUUAUAGAUACACUUAAAACACAAAUCUUAAGGUGUUCAAUUUAUUUAUCUUUCAGAAAAUGUAUAGUUUGCUAAGGUUUUAAUUACAAUUAAACCUCUGAAAGCAAUUUUAGUAAUUUUAGGUCAUUUAUAUAAGAAACUGGGACCACAGCUAAAACCAAGUACAAAAUACAAAUCUCAGGCAAAAUAGUUAUUAUUGACUAGUAAACAUUUAAAGAGGAACUGUGGAACUUAUUUGGGUUGUUUCUUUAACUAUAAAAUUUAUUAGUUCUGAUUUAUAGCUUCUGUGACUAAAAUUCAGUCAGUCCUUGCCCAAUCUCCAAGCCUGGCUUGAAGUCAAACAGUAGCCUCAGUAGGCCUACUUCAGAAUCACUAAGACUAGUAUCAGAGUCACGAAAAGAAGAAUCUGAAGUGAGAUGUCAUGGGGAAUGUUAAAAUCAUCAUCAGUAUCACUUAAAUCCUCUCCUAAAAAGCUUUCAAAAAUAUUUAUAUUAGUUCUCGCACUAAAGGCCCGGCCAUGGCUUCCGCCAUUUAGGCUUUAAAAAAAAAGGCGAUAUAAAAUUCCUAUUGAAAAGUACUUAUUGUUAAGUUACCAAGAAACAGCUUGACCCGGAAGUUGAUUUGAUUAUUAAUAAAAGGAAGUGGCUAUGAUUUUGGAAGUUGCUAUGGGACCGUGUUUUUUAUUGGCCGUUAUUUUCGGCUGCCACAGCACAGAACGAGAAUAUCGGCCAAUGAAAUCGGCUGACCACAGUUUGAGGGUUAAGCAUUUAAAAAAGUUUUAUGCACCAAAUAGUGUUUUUUUUAAACAAUAAGGAUUUAUGUCUUUUUAAAAUUUUUAUUAGCAAGCAGAAAAUCUGGACAAAGAUCUGGGGACAAAAGUGGACGAAAAAGUAGAAAAGGUGAAAAUAAUGAACACAAAAUGUUUUUCUGAUACUUUUAAUAAAUUUUUAAAUAAAUUUUUUUAUUGGCUUUUAAUUUUAUGUUUUUAAACAUUUUAAAUAGAUUCUUCUGAGAAUGGUCAAAUUUGACAUUAUUCAGUUUUGAGUGUCUUUAUGUUCUUUAAAAUAUUUUUAAAAGUUACAAACAUUCUGAGCUUUUAAAAAUUAAUUUUCAGCAAUGAGAGGUGAAGAUGAGGGGGAAGAACAUAAGCAAAGUACCAGUACCCAGAGUGCAAGUGAAGUAUCUGAUAUAAAAGGUAUUGAACACUCAUCAUAAUUAUCUUAAUUGAAAUAUGCAAUUUGUUUUGAAAAAAAACCUCUAAUUAAUUUUAAACUGAUAUAAUUGUAAACAAUUUUUUUUUAUAUAGAAAUUUAUUACAUUUAGCACUGGAUCUUCUAUGCUGCAAUAGUAAUUUACUUAAUCUAUUAAAAACCUCUUUACAGUUCCCCAAAAGCAGUUACAGCGGGUGAAGUCAGCCAGGAGUGGUCAUGUCAGGACUACUCCACUAACAAAUGCUCCAGAGGUUCAAAUUUCCCUACAGUCACCUAGAUCUGAAGGAGCCAGUAAUGCUGUGAACACUGCAGGGUGAGUAGAAAAUAUGUAAUUUCCACUUCUGCCCUAUGCCGAUCAAUUUAAGUUUCUUAAGAGGACUUAAAUUAUUUAUUUUUUAGGGGUAGUUAAGAUUAAGAAGAUUUUUUAAUGGAAAGAUUAUAUGUAUAGUCCAAUAAAUCAUAAAAUAAACUGAUUUACAGAGAAUUCAUACAAAAACUCAUUCAAGAGACCAGUGAAGAGAUUAAAGAUUUGACCAAUGAAAUACAAGAAGACAUUGAAGUAAGUGAUUUUAAAAAAUGUGUUCUUAAUAUUUUUCUAGUAUGUAAUUUAUUCUGAUAGUUCUUAGGAUUUCCCAAAUGUAAUAUCAUCACUUUUUUGUGAGGUUUUCCAGCUUUAUUAAUAUUUUAAUCCAAGAAGAAAACAACAUACUGCCCAACCCAAACAUACAAAUGUCAUGUGACAAAUCUCUUCAUCUCCUGCUUUUUGCUUAUUGUAUCACCUAAAAAUUUCAUCUGAGUAUUCUCAUGAUUACUACAUUGCUUCCAUCUUCUACUAAUCAACCUCUACAUACAAUCACUUAACCAUUUCCUGGUAACAUCUCGUGCCCAUUUUUCAUAUUAUUAUUUUAAAUUUCAUAUCAAAGUGCUACAAUAUGCAAAGAAAAUCAUUUGACAGAAUUCCUUGACCCUUGGGAACAUCUACGCCACACCCAUAAAAAUAUAUAUAAUUAUUUCCACCCAUACAGGUACAUGAGCUUUGAUUUACAUUGCAGUAUGCAGUAUCACAAAAACAAUAAUGCACUUCAGUAAUACAUAAUGACAUUAGUCUUUAUACAAAAAAUUAAACAUAAAAUGUGCAUUUCAUCACCAAUCAUGUUUGUUACAAUUAUGUAACACAAGUUAAUUAGACAAAUUUAUGUAGAUUUAGAAGCUUAUAUAUACCUUCAUGUAUAAUUAGGAGCAUGGAUAAUCUGAAGAUUGCUGUACAGUCUUUGCAAAAAUAUUUUUUACUGUUUUUUUGUUUGUAAUUUCUUUCUUUCUUCCUUUUUUACAAAAUUUAUUUAUUUAUUUUUUUUAACACAGGGUUGGUUAGUAAUGGACAAAUGCCACGCCUUUAUUUUUGUUUUUAAAUUCCUAAUAUUUUUGUAAGCUAACAUGAGUAAUUGCUUGUUAACUAAAUUUAAAGCUAGUCAUAAUAGUUGAAGGCUAAUAUUUGUCCUCACAUUACUAACUAAUAUUUUCAGAAAAAAAAUCUUCAAAAAUCAAGAGGAGUAAACACAAAGACUCCAACGUUGCCUUCAACAGAACAUACACAGGAUGACGUGAGAAGUUUCACCAGCCAUUCAUCAGUGACACAGAAAAUGGAAUACCAGAGCCUAAAUAACCAUCAACCAAUGUAUUGUAGCAUCGAACCAGAAGUUGAAAAUAGCAAGAGUACUGCUGCAGGGAAAACAGUUUUGCCGUCUGUAAUAUUUCCCAUCUCAAUGGUGAAUGACACAACAUCCCAUCUGAAAAAAACUGCAGACCCCAACUGGAAUGUGGGACAGUCUCCAACAAAUUCCCUGAAGUUGACAACUGAAACUGAGCUGAACAUCAAAAACAAAGAAAUGCAAGAUGAAAAAAUGAGGUCUAGAAGUUUGAAAAGACAAGCAAGUUUUAAUGCCGCCCCGCCAAUGGCCGCCAGAACAGCUCAGGGUAGAAGCAUCAUCGGCAACAGCAGUGGCAAUCUGACACGGCGUGCAGGACAGACAGGGAUAACGCAGCAAAAAUCAGCCACACCCGGUCCGGAGGAUGUCGAGUCCAAUCCCAGUUCGUCAUUGUAUAGGCAGUUGAGUUCUGUCAAUUCCAAUCAGUUUGCAAGCUACAGCCAAAUUGGUAAGGGAGUUCGGCUCAACAGGCACAAUUUGGUGUUCAAGACAGAAGGACACUCAGAGUUUCCCAGCUCUGCAUCCCUGAGGAGUCCUUCCCAACAGUUAAUUGUGAAGGAUACUAGAGGAUUGGAGCUUGGAGAAAAUGGGGAGGUAAUUAAAAGAAAUGUGAAAUAAGCAUUUUCAAAAUGAAAUAUAAUUUAUUAGCCCAUGACACCAUGAAAAAUAUUGGUAUAUAAUGUAAAUUCGCUUAGAAUUAGAAGCAAAGAAUAUUUUUGGUAGAAAAGUCAGUAGGAUAUUAGUGUGGAACAAAAGAUAAAAUGGUAAUGAAUACAGAAAUCAUUAGCAAACAAAAAUAAAAAUACUUCUUUUAAUGCUGUAACAGUUUUAAAUUAUUUUAAUUCAUUAGCACUGGCAUUUUCAAUUGAAGAUUUGCUUCAAGAGUUCUGCACUCAUAGAAUUAACUUUUAACUUAAUUUGAUUUAAAUCCUUGAUUUUCCAACUUUUAUAGAUUUGAAAUUUUAAACUGUUGAACUGUUGUUUAUCAGGAUCCAUAUGCUUACAAAAAUUCUUUUGCUAACAAAUUGAUUUAGAGUUUAGUUGUUUAGAGAAUAGAUCAUCAUUCAUCUAAUGCAAAAUUUAUUUCAUUUAGCAUUAUGUUUGACAAAUCUCUAUAGGCAAAAUGACACCAGGCCAACACUGAGCCUUGAGUCUGAGCUCAUCUCAGUGUCAACAUUUUAGGUGGAGGAUUUAGGCCAAAUUAGAUUUUAACAUCUUAGAAUGCAAUCAAAGUUUAUUUAACACAUUUUUAUGACAGAUUUUGUUUUCAAAAUUGUUUAAUUUCUUCUUUCCUACCAUUGGAUUAAAGCUAAAAAUGAAAAAUUCUCAAUUUUAGUUUAAGUGAAGUUACCUGUAACCAACUGCCGAUCACUUUUUGUCACUGUGCGUGAUCAACGUCAAAUGUCAGAAGUAAAUUAAAGAAGUUGAGUCACUAUUGACAAGAAUAAUUAAGCUAUUCAUUUUGAUAGUUUGUUAUGUGGGUGGGAAGCAAAAUAAUCUUAUGUCAUGGUAAAAAUGUAGUGUGUAUGUCACAAAUCAAUGACCCACUUUCCCAGAAAAUAUUCAAGCCCCUCUGACUUAAUACAAAAACAAACAAUUCAAGUAAAGGAUUAGAACGCCUAAACUAGGCAACCUAACUUGAUACAUGCUAGUCAGACUUUUGGAGUAUUUUUUUUUUUUUUUACUUGUGAGGCAAUCUCUCAAUGCUGACAUGGACACUGAUAGGUUUAAAAUAUUUUUUUGUUUGCCGAUGUUUUGCAUAAAACUCACUCAUGGCUCUUCCAUUAUUUUUAAGCUUAUUGCUCAAAAUUCAAUAAUACACCUCACUAUUUAUUAUUCAUUGUAUAGCCAACUCGCUCCAGGUCAGCUAGAUCUAACACUCGUCAAGUUGUGGGUAAGAUCCUCAUUGUGUGCGCUUGAAAACUAUAGAACUGCUUGCUGCACCAACAGAUGUGAUUUUUUUCCACAACUUUUUUGUGCUCUAAUUUUACCACACAACAAGACAUAUUAAUUUUAUUAUGAUGACUUUGUGGCUUCCUAUAAAAUAGGGUAUAAAGAUAAUGUCUUUUUAUUUAGUGUAUGAAGGUAAAAAUGUUUUUGGAAAUAAAAUUACAAAAAACUUUUAGAGAAGAUUCACCCCGUUUAAUUCCAUAUUUUAAAAAUAACUUAAUAAUAAAAUGACAACCAAGGUGUUGAUUUUUUUUCACAUAUAUCAUUAAAUUGUUUAUUACCGGUAGUUAGUUUCAAAUCAGUUUCCCUAUUCAACAUGUUUGAUUGAAAGUUGUCAAUUGUAAAUAAUUUAAAUUUAUACAAGCUCAUCCUUCGUGAAAAACAUUCAAUUCCAUUACAUGGUAAUUUAAAAAAUCAUCAAUUUUUGUUGUUAGAGACAUACAAUUUUAUCAUACUAUAUAUAUAUAUAUAUAUAUUAUUCAUUUUGCUGUCUUGUGUUGUUAUUCAAGCUUAAUAACUGAGGAUAAUUAACUAACUCCAUUACUUUUCACACUGUGUUAAUCAAUUGAAGUCUUGCAAAUUUAAUUAUUGUUUGACACUCACUGAGAAAAACUCAUCAAUCUUCAUUUCAACACUUAAGUUAUGUUUGUGAUGAGUUAUUAAAUUUAUAAACAGCCAGGGCCAGUUUGAUGGAUUGUUAUCCAUACAGAUUUUUUUAAAGGAAUUUAAAACUUAAAUAAAAACUAUUUACCUCAGAGUUUCACAUGUUUGAGUGUGCACCCUCUUAAAGCUACAUGCUGAUUUGUCAAACUAUUUACAAUCAGUUUGUUAAUGAGGAAAUAUUGCUGGGCGGUGGAGUUGGUCAAAAGAUUUUCCUCUUCUAACUUGGCAUCACCAUUUAAACUGUUUCAGGUGCCGAAACCCUGUUUAAAAAAUCAGGAUUAACAAAGAUCUAAUGUGAAGAGAAACUUUUUAUUUUUAUCUAGCAUUCCAAUAGAAAUGUUCACAUUAGAUUACACUGCAAUUUGUACAAAGAAAUAAAACAUUUGAAAUUUUUUUAAAGGUUAUUUUUCAUGAGAGGCAUUUAUUUAUUAAUGUAUUUACUUAUAAAUCCUGAUCCCCCACAUACUUACCUAUUUAUUUAAAUAAUUGUAUCCAGUGAUAUUUUUUUUUAGUUAACUUUACAAAAACUAUAUUCAAUUUGUUAUAUUGUAUUUGGAGUAUUAAAAAAAAAGAAAAUGAAAAGAAGGAAAGAAAACCACAUUACCAUUACAUGGCGUUUAGAAAAUUUAAACCUUUCACAUUUAUUAUCUUAAAUAUCUUAAUUUCUUGCUAUUUUUAAAAUAAAUUGUAACCUUUCAGAUAAAAUUAUUUUAGAAUUUUAGCUCAGCUGAUUUUGUUUAUCUGCAGAGACGGUCCCAGCCAAGAUCUCCUUGAUGAUCUGUCAAGAUCACCAAGACAACCCAUCACCUUCAGGUCAUUUUGUCCCACCCUCACAUCAAGGACACAGGUCUUUAUUUAGCAGGCAGCAGGUGCGAAAAAAGUAAUUCCAAGUUUAUUAUGUAAUAUCUUAAACUGAAAAAGUUCAGCAGAUACAACACAGCCAUUUCUUUACCCUCAAAUUUAGCGCAUGCGUUAUGAUUGUAAUUUAUUUUUAAUGUAUUCUUGCAAACAACUUCUGUAAUAAAAAUGUAUUUGUGCGGUUGUACAAAUGUCAAAGUUACUGUACAUGUGCCAAAAUUAUUAUAAUUAUUAAUUGAACUUAUAAUUCAAUGUAUCAUUUAUAUUUAUAUCAUCACUUUCAUCAGUAUAAUGAUGGAUUUAUUUUUGAUGUAUUCUUGCAAACAACUUCUGUAAUACAAAUACAGUUGCGCAUGUGUCAGAGUUAUUGUAGAUGUGCCAAAAUUAUUCAAUGUAUAAGUUAAAUUAUAUCAUCACUUUCAUCAGUAUUAUGAUGAUCAGGCCUGCACAAUAUAUGGCCCGCCAGCACCCACUUUGCGGCCCGUGAAGUAACAAAAUAUUUAUUUAUUCUUUUCUUAAUAGCUCCCCCCCUAUUUUCUUUUAGCCCGCACAAGUCCUGUCGCAUUUUCUUUUGGCCCGCACAAGUUUUUCAUAAAGUAUAUGGCCUGCCUUACAUUUUGAGUUGUGCAGGCCUGUGAUUCUAGUGUGAUGGAUGUUACACAUAAGAAUUACUGCUUAAGUCUUUAUUUACAAUAAAAAAAAAUUCAAGAUAGUUUCUAAAACCUCCUAUUGCUUUUCAUCAACUUGAUCCACAUUUCAAGUUGAAUAACCAUGUACAUUUUACAGAUUUUUUAUUUAGUUUUGAGUUCUAAUAUAUAUGAUACAAAAUUAUCUGUGAUAAAUGUGUAGUUUUUUUUUGCCAGUCUGCUUGUUCUUGAACAUACUACAAAACAAUGAGUCAGUGUUUGGGAUUUUGAACAAUUUAUUUUGAUUUCAC